CCAGAAAAAAGCACUGUUUAUAUACAGUAUAUACCACCUUCCUCAAGCACCCCAGCACCUACAGUAUAUUCUGUCAGCCGUAUUACCUCGCUGCUAAACCGUUAAAACUCCUACGUAUUGGGGUUCAUCUCUCUUGCAGAGCAAUACUCUUCUGUUGCAGCUUGUUUGCUUUCGGUAUCUUGACUUCUCAUCGCGGGACGUCGCCUUAUCUACAGCCGUAGGCCCCUUUAAGGCGAAGGCGUGGGUGUGAGAGAGAGAUACAAGCGCUUAUAUAGCAACUCCUCGCCAUCGGCGCGCACUGCUCGGCCUAUCUUCUCCUGGCAACAACUUGCGCCUUAACACCAGGGCAAGGCGAAAAAAAACCCUGAUUGGCCUGGACGUCCGCCAAUAGGUUGCGCUCCGUUGUCAUUGGCGCUGCGGCGGCGACGGGGACCGAGCGCCUGGGAAGCGCCCAGAGGAGGAGGAGGAGGAGAGGGGCAGCGUUUCUCUGGGAAAGCGGCGGUCGCGCCCGCCCGUCUCCGCACUUGCCGCUGCAACUUUGCCGUCCGCUGCGGGGAGGAUGAGGAGGGGGGCGCGCCGGCAUCUCCUGCCGACCACCUGCCGGGAAGCUGGGCUGCAGCUGUUGCUGCCGCCCCUGCUGCUCGCCACCUUGCUGUGCUGCGGCGCGCGCUGCUCCCCAGGUAAAGAACCGCAGCCUGGCGGGUAACUUGGCCGCGCACUUUUACGCCCGGUCUGGGGACCGAGGAACCUGGUGCCAGCCAACGUUGGCGCAACCCCGCAAGGCGGGAAAAAAUAAAAAUCCCCGCGCAAAGUUCUCGAGGGUUGUUGGGGAGAAGCCCCUCCUUGUGGCGCGGUGCAAGUUUCUUAGAGGGGUGGGAGGUUUUUUUGGAAGAGACGCGCCUUGGCGCAGUUAGAUUCCAUAGACUUAACAGAUGCUUUUUGCUAAAGGGGGGCGGGCGGCCCCUUAGCUGCUAAUGUGCGCGCGCGUGUUAUUUCGGUUACUUCAAAAUGGGGGGGGGGGCCGCCAGCUCUGCACCGCAUUGGGACGCCCCCUUCCGCUCCUUGCGCCGAGCGGGGGCCCUGGACGUCAGCCCUGACAGCACCGCCGAAGCGAAGCCUUGCGAAACUGAAAGUGUGCCUCGCUUGUUCCGCAUUUUCUGAAGUAACCGAAAUGCCCCGAGUGGGGUUUUCCCCUGUGGUGGGUGGGUGGGUUUCCCCUGCUGAAGUACGUGGGAGUGGGGGGGGAGCACAUUUGUCUUCCCAGAUGCGUAGGACGGAUGUCUUCUUUUCGCCUGCGUUGGACAGAAAGAGCUACGUUUGAGAGGAACCGUGACUAGACAGAAAUCCGUGUUUUAUUUUUAGCUGGGCAACCUGCACAUUUCGUCCAAGGGCUCCGGCCUGGAACCCCGGGAAGUACGGAUAUAAAACGCGAGUGCGUUUGCAGAGCACCUUUAUCCUGUCAACUCAGAAGCGUAGCUUCUCGAGAUCCGAGCCAGUAGGAGUUCGAGCCCUACUUUCUACCAAUAGGGUGGAGGCGAUUUCCUCUAGCAGCUACUGCAGUAGAAGGUGCUUUAAUCCUGCAAGCUGGAGUGGGCGGGGCAAGAAAGACUUUCGUUUUUCCUCUUCUGUUGUCCUGAUUGCCAAGUGCAUUUUUCACCUCCGUUUUUCAACGGCUUUCCCACACACCCUUUUUGCUCUUUCUCCAGGAGUUGUUUAUAUGCUCCGGGGAGCCUCCGUAAUAGAAUCCUUCCGCAGCAUGACUCAGGGGCUCAAAGGUUGGCCUGACUCCAAUUGCCACCCAGUUCACAGUAAAGGAAGGACAGUUCGUGGGUGGGUGAAGGGGAAUUCCACAAACCGGUUGGAACUACCUUGAGGAGCUCGGUGGCUACAGUCAGGAGGAAGGUUGAUUGUUCCUUUCCCCUCCAGGCAACAGAGCAAAUUCUCCUAAGGGAGAUGAGGCACUUCCUCCACCUCUGGCAAUGUCUGCUUGAAAAGAAGGUUGCGAAAGUUUAGCAGUUACAAUUUUUCAUUUCACUGCAUUUCCAUGGUGCAAAAAUAGCACCUGCACCUGUUUAAUCUUUACCUGUUAUGCAGUGGUAGUUGUUCAGGCAUCUUGAUUUAGCUCAUGUGAUAUCCUUGGACCAGUCAGGCACUAUGCCUGGUUCUCAUACUUAGCUUGAAGACUGGUAGUAUUGGCACCAGUGAUAUGGAUUUUCUAGAAUUUUUGAACUGAAUUAGUUUUCUUAAACUAAUUUGAGAUUUGAAGUUUAAAAAGUAUGCCAUGUUAAUUUUACAUGAUGUACCAUAUUGGCCCAAAUAUAAGCUGCACUCGAAUAUAAGCCGCACCUUUAAAAUUGGAGGGGGGGAAAGAAAAAAAAGAAAAAAUACCUGAAUAUAAGCUGCUCCCUUCCUCACUGCUUCUGGCUGCAUGGGGGGGGGGGGAGCUGCGCUGCGUUGCCAGUGGUUUUCCCCUUCCACGUUCUCUUCCUUCCCAGCCUUGGAGGAGAUGACAGGGGACUACGCAUAGGGCAGACGCCACUUUGCCGUGCUCCUGACACUGUUUACCCGUGUAAGGUCGUGAAUAUAAGCCGCACUUUUAACAGUUGGAAUUUGGGGGGAAAGUGAGGCUUGUAUUCAGGCCAAUACAGUAUAAACAUCCCAGUUUUUCUCCCAAUGGCUGAAGAAGAGGGAAAGCUUCCUUAUAGUGCAAUCCUAUGCAUGUCUACUCAGAAGUAAGCCCCAUUGAAUUCUGUAGGAUUACUUCCAGGUCAAUGUGUAUAGGAUUGCAGCCUUAAUGUCGUUUGAAUGUUAUAUUCAAAUACACUCAAAAGCUUUCAGUCAAACUUAUUUUUUUAAUGGAAUACUUGCAAAUAAUUCAAGGCAUGAUGGUUAGAACCCAACUUGAGACCACACUGUGAAAAGGGCAGAAUAUACAUUUCCCUUAUUAAUGAAAUAACUAAAUAAAAGCCUGCAAAAGUACAAAAGUACUUGGAGAAACUUGCCAAGCUAGUCAUUAAAUUGGCUCAUGCUACAAUGCGAGAGUCCUUAAUAUAGCAUGAUAGCAGGGAUUGUUUCUUCAAUUUACCAUAGGUUAACACAUUGAGGUCUGGGGAUCUUUAGCAAUUUUCAGGCACCUCACCGCUUAAGGGGCGAGAAAUACUUGUUUAGGCUGUUUUUCAAUGACCGCUCUGGGUAAAUAAGAACUUACUGCCUCAGGUUUUUUUUCCAGUGUGCUUCCUUUCUAUAACUCUAAUCUUCAGAUGUUUACAGGUGGCAGGCAUAUCUUUUAGCUUGCACCCUGAUAUGACAACACUUUUGGCUGUUUUUUCUUCUAGACAGAAGUUACUGGUUUUGUCUGAUAGAACAGGAAGGAAGUAAAGGAACUAGUAGUAAAGGAAGAAUGGUAAGAGAAAGAAGAGAACAAAGGGAGAAAAGCUGCAAUGUUGACAGCCCUUGUACUACAAAGAGGUGAUGUGAUGUCUAUGUAUACUUAGGUCUUAGGAAUGUAAGGCUCUAAGUUAUAACUAAAUAAAUAUUGCCUAUAGACAAUAUUUGUGAUUGCUGGAGCUGAUUUCCGCUUUUGUAGAGAAGUUUGCCCAUCUUAAGAUACAUAUCUUACAAUUCUCAUGUUUGAAGAACCUGUAUCUAUGACAGGCAUUUCCCCAUGGAAUUAAGGGAAGUAGCACUCAGAUGUAGAUGCAGGGCAGGGUGUGUGUGUGUGUGGAUAAUAACGCUUGCUUUGCUCUCGUUCUCAUCUACCCUGUGCUGAUGGUGCUGUCAGAGCGCCGACCGGUCCCACUGCUGCUGGAAAUACAGCCCUCAGGUGACUCUCCUGGCUCAAGGCUGGCAACAAGGCUGCUAUAGCAGCCAGGUGCAUUACACAGCACAGUGCUGGGCAACUGUGGGUGAGACUCUUCUCUGACCUUGAAAAGGAGGGAAACAAGUGUGAGAGACUGGCCCAUGUACAGUGGUACCUCGGGUUAAGAACUUAAUUUGUUCUGGAGGUCCGUUCUUAACCUGAAACUGUUCUUAACCUGAGGUACCACUUUAGCUAAUGGGGCCUCCCACUGCUGGCGCCACACAAUUUCUGUUCUCAUCCUGAAGCAAAGUUCUUAACUCAAGGUACUAUUUCUGGGUACUGUAACCUGAAGCGUCUGUAACCCAAGGUACCACUGUAUAUAGCAUUUGCAGCACCCCAGAGUUCUACUCAGUGGCCAGCCAGGUGAUGCUGAUACAUUAGAAUUACAGUGGUACCUCAGGUUACAGACGCUUCAGGUUACAUAUGCUUCAGGUUACAGACUCCGCUAACCCAGAAAUAGUGCUUCAGGUUAAGAACUUUGCUUCAGGAUGAGAACAGAAAUAGGGCUCCGGCGGCGCGGCAGCAGCAGGAAGCCCCAUUAGCUAAAGUGGUGCUUCAGGUUAAGAACAGUUUCAGGUUAAGAACGGACCUCCGGAACGAAUUAAGUACUUAGCCUGAGGUACCACUGUACAUUGCAUCUCCUCUGAUUCAUUAGCGCAGUUGCAACAGCACUGUAGAAUAGACCCAUCUUCUAUUAUUUCCAUAUUGCAGAAGGCUGAGUGAGGAUGACAUAACCUAAUGUUCGUGGCUGAGGUUUAAGUGGGGACUUCAGGCUGAAACCUCACAGUUCUUCAGUAACCAGAAAAGCUUGCAAGUGGGACGUGACAGAAAGAGACACCUCAUGAUGUUUUCUCCGCACAGCCAGUGAUCAGAAACAUGCUGUCUCUGAUUAUAGGCAGUCUAUUCUUUGUUGGCAUGACUUAACUGCUGUUGCUGUCCUUGUGCUUGUGUGUUCGCUAGCUUUUCCAAGGUAACAUAAAUUCUGCACACAAAAGAGGAGUCCAUGUUUAUACAUCAACUUGUACAAAUUAUACAUGCAUAAUAAUUUCUCUUAUGUUGGAUAGUUUAUUCUGCUUCUGCCUCUCAAGGUGUUGCAGUCCCAUUUCCAAAUGACUUGUUGCCUUUCUGGGUUUAACUUUUCUGUGAAUUUAGGCAUUGUAUCUGUAACAUUUGCUUUCACUUAGUUAAAUGCAUCAGUCUGCAUCUCCAGGUAGCAAUGGUAAUGCCCCCUUGUCUGAAACAUGGGAGAUCCACUGUCAGUCAGUGUAGACAGUAGAGAGCUCAAUGGACCAAUGGUCCGAUUCAGUAUCCCAUGUCUACAAUUCUCAAUACCCUUUACAAUAAUUAUUUUCUUAUCAUUGCUUGCACCAUUGGAAGGACUCUCAGAAUGCUCCAUCAUUAUAUUCCAAGAUGUGAUGUUUGCUUCCAUAUGUAGUUUAUUCUUUUAAAAAAUCCUUUGUGUGUCUUAACAUUUUCCUUGCAACUCUGUUAAGUAGGGUUAGUUUUAACUGCUGUCACAUAAACAACUCAGACUGUCCUAUAUUGGACUGCCCUGAGUCGUCAUCUCUGCAGAAAAUCUUGAGAACUUCAAAACAUUUUAAGGUAGAGGCUCUUUCCAGCUACCUUAGCUGACAUUGUUAAUCAUAGGAAACCCCUUGUGGUUGGACAUGUAGGAGAAUCAUAGAAUUGUAGCGUUGGAAGAGACCCUGAGGAUCAUCUAGUCCAGGCUUCCUUAAACUCAGCCCUCCAGAUGUUUUUGGCCUACAACUCCCAUGAUCCCUAGCUAGCAGGACCAGUGGUCAGGGAUGAUGGGAAUUGUAGUCUCAAAACAUAUGGAGGGCUGAGUUUGAGGAAGCCUGAUCCAGUCCAGCCCCCUGCAAUGCCGGAAAAUACACAGGAAUCGAACCUGCAACCUUGGCGUCAUCAGCAUCGCACUUUGAAUUAGUUCCUCUCUGUUUACUGGGUUUUCUUCAGCUGCAGGAGAGAAAUAUUGCUUAUGUAAAAGAACGUGAACUCAGCCUUUCUUGAUCCUCUUCUUUAUCUAUUUAGAAACUUGGUUGUUUAGCAUUUACAUUUUGUGAGGGCUGAUGUGUGGUUUAAAAUGGUGUUGAGGUGUGGAUUAGCUUGCUGAGCCUGCGGAGAUGAUAAACAAUAAAUACUUAUGUGACAGGAUUGAACCUCAUGGGAUCGAUGUGCUCACUUCUAAUGCUGGAUGAGGGGUGAUUAUAGCUCGGAGUGGAUUCCUCUUGAGAUUCAAAUCACAUGGGUCAGAUUUCUGAUGAUCAAGUAAGCUUUAGUCUCAGCAGUUUCAGGAAACAUGAAGAGUAAAGAGAUUAUUGUGUGCCAGAGGAAAUAGUGCACUACAUAAAAUAUAUCUUCUGGUGCUAUUCUUUUGUUUUUCAUAAAUGACAUUUUAGAAUGUGUUGCCAGCCAUAAGAUGGCAGCUCUUAAAUCUGCCUACCCCUUUAUUUAAUGAAGCAAGCUAUUAUACUAUACACCAUGUCAGCGAUAAGGUUUUAGUUAAUUUCUGGCUGUUUAAAAAACAAAAGUUAUGGAAAGUUGAUUAAAAAUCAAUGUCAUAAUCAGUUGCAAAUUAGGAACUACAGUACUAAGACUUUAUUGUUGUAUUGUCUAACUACAGAACACACACACACACUCCAAAGGCUGCAAACUAUAAAUCAAAUCAAAUAAAGAGAAUAUUGCACUCCCAAUACAACUGAACACCAGGCCAAUCUAUUAUUCCUGUGCCCAUGUCUUAACGCCAAGUUAAGAGAUUGAAUACUGACUAUUCUUAUGCUGUCCCCCUCCUUUCCACAGAAUUAUCCAUGAGGGGUUGGGUUGGGUAUUGUUUGUUUAUUUUCUUGAGUGUUCAGCAGCCUGCUCCAGCACUGGGUGACAUUUUAGAAAUGAAAUAGAACUUGCAUAGCGCAUUUCAGCUGAAGGCAUAAAACACAGCACAAUUGUUUUGUUCCAGCAAAUUGCUGGAGGCAUGACUCCAAGGAAUAGGCCCUGAGUGGGCUGUGAGUGCACAAACAUACUUCUCUCCAGCUAGAAGCUUUUGUAUAUAAAAUUCCAGCAUUCAGGCUAAUGAAUUCUGAAUAAAUAUUUUAUGUCCCAGUUAACUUGCUAUUUUCCAUAGCUUUAUUUAACAGAGCAAUUAUUACUUCAACACUAUGAUCUUAAAAAAAAAAAAAGGACCAGUAAUUUAAUAGACACACACACACACAUACAGGAUGCAAACAAACACACAUUUUCCUGCAUGACAAAAGAGGUUUAACCAUAUCCAUACAUGGCUGUCCCCUGGGAUUGUUUGUUCCAGUGUAAAUUAGACAAAAACCACACAAUUUAGCUUGUGCUUUUAUAUAAGAUUUGCUCAUCACAAAAUCAACUUCCAUUUCAGUCAAGGUUAUCUGGGAUAAAUUUCAUGAUGAGUUGCAACUACUUCGGACUUCAAAAUACUUCUAGAGCAGGGUUUCCCAUCAUCCCUAGCUAGCAGGGCCAGUGAUCAGGGAUAAUGGAAAUUGUACUCCAAAAACAGCUGGAGACCCAAGUUUGGGAAACGUUGUAGCUAGAGACUAAUAAAAGUCAGGGUCAGGAAAGAUGAAACUGUGGCCAUCAAGAUGAUAUUGGACUCCAACUUCCACCAUCCUAGUCCAUUGGUUAUGCUGCUUGGGCCUAAUGGGAGCUGUAUUCCAGCAAUAUCUGGAUGCCACGGGUUCCUUGUUCCAGGUAAAAGUGAGCUGUGUUCUAUUGUCCCUAAGGUGUGAUAAAUGAUUUAAGCUCUAGGACCUCUGGUUUACAGAACUUGGUUAACUUACCACUUCAUGCUAAAUUAAAAAGUUUUCUAUUUUUAUAAGUUAUAGAUAAGACUUUAAAAAAAAAUUAAAUUAAGUUCUAAUGAACACAUUCCUAUUGUUUCUAAACAAUACAUUUGAUUCUAAUAAACCUAGAAUUACACACACACCAAACAACAACAACAACAAUAAUAAUAAUAAUAAAUUUUAUUUAUAUUCCGCCCUCCCCAGCCGAAGCCGGGCUCAGGGCGGCUAACAACAAUAAAAUAGUGCAACGUUCUAAAAACAUUUCAUUAUAAAAAUUAAUUAAAAUCAAAUUGAUGGCAACCAUAAGCUUAAGUUCUGUAAAGAUUGCCAAAGGAGGGAGUCAGGCUGCGCCCUGACCAAAGGCUUGGUGCAACAGCUCUGUCUUGCAGGCCCUGCGGAAAGAUGUCAAAUCCCACAGGGCCCUAGUUUCUUGUGACAGAGCGUUCCACCAGACAAACAAACCAACAAACAAACAAACCUUAUCAAUUCCCUUUGCCCAUUUCUUUGAUGAGUUACCCUGAUCAGUUCAGCCUUGAUCAAGCUUAACAAAUUUAUAGUUGGAAUACAUUUUACAUAGCAGUAAAUUUACAGAGCAGCAACUUUCUGUAUUGGGAAUUACAUGUUUAGAAUCACACAUUUAGGGAGAUAUUAUGUUGCAGAAGACUUUAGAACAUAAACUGUUGGUGGUAGUACUUUCCAGGAAGCAUUUUCUUAAUGUACCUCCAAUAUAGUAUUGUUUCCCCACUGCAAAUCACAGAAGAAAAACUCACCAAAGCAUAUGCCUCUUUUCUAACACAGAUAACAAUGUCUUCACCAUCCGCCAUGAAAAAACCAACAAGUGCAUCCAAGUUAAAAACCAGCAGAUAACAACAGGAGACUGCCAAGGAGCAGAAGAGACCUUAUGGACAUGGGUCUCCCAGCAUCGCCUUUUUAACUUGGGGUCCCAAAAGUGCCUUGGACUAGAAACUGCCAAAUCCCAGAAUCCCUUGAAAGUAGUGGAUUGUGACUCAGAUCUUUCACUGUGGUGGCGCUGUGACGAUGCCUCAAUAUCAUCUGCAUCUGAGAACAAGCUGACUUUACAGAAUGGAAUUGUGACAGCAAGCAUAAACUCUUCUGAUACCUGGAGAAGAAGCAAUUCCAGUGAUACUAUUUGCAAACUCCCUUAUCGCAGUAUGUAUUUUCCUUCUCAUUUGUUUUUAUCUGGAGAAAGCAGAGGUUUGCACAUGAGUUUCAGUUAAGUAAAUACAUAGGUAAAUGCUGAUUUUGAAAAGAGUUAAAGAGUAGACAGUCAACAGUGGUUCUGUCUUAUGUGUACAGAUUUGGACUUAGGAAAUCUCAGAUCCAAAUCUUCACAAAGCCAUGGAAGCUCAUUAGGUACUAAUGGCUAGUACACCUCCCUGAGCUCCUUGGAAUGGCAGAAUAAAAGUGUGAUAAAGUGAUUAAUUGCAGUCUUUUCUAAAGUUAAUGGAUCAGGUCCAGUUUAAAUUCUGACUGGCAGUGCAAUCCUGUACUUGUAUAUUGAGUAGUAAGCCCCUUUGAGUUCAGUUGGGACUUACUCCCCGUUAAGUGAGUUUAGGAUAGGCAUGACUAAUGUAAAUUUCAUUGAUUUUAAUGAGAUUAAAGAAAACUUAAUCUGGCUCAAACUCAGUAUUGUUUUACAGUAAAGGUAAAGCGAGCCCUGCCCAUUAGGUCCAGUCGUGGCCGACUCUGGGGUUGCGGUGCUCAUCGCGCUUUAUUGGCCGAGGGAGCCGGUGUACAGCUUCUGGGUCACGUGGCCAGCAUGACUAAGCUGCUUCUGGCAACCAGAGCAGCGCACAGAAACGCCGUUUAUCUACUUGCACUUGGACGUGCUUCCGAACUGCUAGGUUGGCAGGAGCAGGGACCGAGCAACGGGAGCUCACCCGGGGAUUCGAACCGCCAACCUUCUGAUCGGCAAGUCCUGGGCUCUGUAGUUUAACCCACAGCACCACCCACGUCCCUUUGUUUUACAGUAAGGGUUAUCUAACUUUUUUAAAAAAAAUAGCUGGCCUGAGUGUUGUAUUUGUGGAUGAUUACAGUUAUUAUGAUAUCAGAACAUGAAUGCUUUAAAAAUAAUAGAUCAUUUAACCAAUUGGUCAAAUCUUUUUGUACCUAUCAAACUCUGAACCCUAAUCGUAGGUCGUAUCAGUUUUACAUAUUAGGAAAUAGCAGAUUUAGAAAUAAUGACUUACACAACAUUGUGCAUGGCUGAGCUGAGUUUUCAACUCAAGUUUCCCAGGUCCAAAUAUAACACACUGCUCUUCACCACUAUUAUGGGACUUGCUUUUGGUAGAAGGUCCCAGGGAUAAUAGCCCUUUUAAAUAAGAAUCUAAUGAAGGCUGUAACCAUAUAUUCCUUUACCAGGGAGAAAGUCUCACUGAACUCGGCAGGCUUUACUUCUGUGUAGACACAUACAGAUGCUGUAAAAAAUGCAGACUGAAAAUAUUUAAUCAUGCUAUUACAAUCUAUUCUUAUGUGCAAGCACUGCAGCUUGCCAGCUAUACCUCCUUUCCUUCCCCCCUCGUGCUUUUCUGAUGGUUCCUGCACCCCCAAGGCCAAUUUCUAGGAGUGGGGGUGUGUGAGUGAAGAGCCCUGUUGAGCAAGCAGAAGUCCUCGUGCAGGUUUGUGUAGACAGGGGUGGUUAGGUAAAUCCUGCCCACGGUUAACAGAUCCUCAAGCAUGCCAGAAAUGGCAUGGGAGAAAGAAAACUAAAACAACAGGCAUACCUUCAUUUUUCAACUACCAGCUGUUGUUUAUUAUUAUUAUGGACCAUGUUUAGUUCAAACAAAAUGUGAAACACUAUGCUGUAAAACUAGAAUGACGAGUAGUGAGAACACAUGUGGUUUAGCCUAGUUAAUGAAGAUGAUCUACAAAUAAUAAUGUGAAUAAUCUCGUUUUGCAGCCAACUGCUUUGCCAGUAGGCCAGAUCUGGCUCCCAGGACCAUUUUACCUAGACCCUUGUAGUCCUCCCAAGUUUAAUUGAGUUGUUGUUAAAAAAAAAUAGCAAGUUUUAGUCAUAAUAAAAAACAUAUUUUCAAGUUGUAAGAUAUAAAGAUAUCCCAUAUUUUAUUUUAUUCUAUUUGCUUUAAAACAAAUUCCUAUGUGUUUCCACUAUAAAAAUUCUCAAUAUGGCCUACAGUUAAAAUCAUAACAAUAUGCAUGAUUUAAAUGAAAUUUAAGUGCUGCGCUGAGCAGUUUGGCCCUCAAGACUCUGGGUGACAUAAGUCCAUGGCUGGAUUUCCCGCUAACUGUAACAUUAUUAUUAUGAAGAGAAUUUAAGCAGGGGCGGUCACACACUAACAUGAUGAGAGGACCAGCGUGUGCUGAAUACAGCUCAAACACUAGAGAAACACGAACAAUGUAUACAGUAUAAAGUGUAACAGUGAGAAGUGGGAGAACUGCAAAUGGUGCCAUAAUGAUUAGGCUUUAUGCGGUUGCUGCCUCAAUCCCCACUUAAGUGCCCAGGAAACUUUGUGUGUGUGUGUGUGUGUGUGUGUGUGUGUGUGUGUGUGUGUUGUGAGGAUUGUCAGUGUAAACCUGUGUUUUCUAAUUGGCUGCAUAGUAAGCACCCCUAGUUUACAAACCCAAACCCCUUGUGAAUUUGUGGUUCUCGCUGAGGAAAAUGUUCUGACGUGCCCAAGCAAGUGAAAAUUUACCUCAAGGCAGGUAAUUUUGUCUUUCCCUGUUGCUGGGGAGAAACUUGGUUUGGAUACACACUAUACCUUUAAAGCACAUUCAAAACACAUUUUCCCACUCAAAGAUUUCUGGGUACUGUAGUUUAUUAAAGGUGUUGGGAAUUAUAAUGUUGUGAGGGGUAAACGACAGUGCCCAGAGUACUUCAAGGAGUGGUGGGAAUGUGAAAUCUGCUUCACAUGUGCUUUACAGUGUGCCGCACUGCAAUUUCUAGGCAUGAUUUUCUUUCUGUGUUUAUGUAACUAUAAAGCAUUAACGCUUGGAUCUGCUUUCUCUUCCUUCCCCUCCCCCUCCCCUUCCCAUUCUUUUUUCAUUUUUGGUUUUGUCAAAUAGCUUAUAAGGGCAUCAAUAGAUACUGUGGUGUUCAAUCCCUCAGUACAGUACAUAGAAAAAAAACAUAGGUGCUUUAUAUAUUACUGUAUAUAAUAACUCCUACUGAGUUUGAAAGGGCCGCCACGUCUACAGAGGCUGCAGCCACCAGACAAUUUUGGGGUGUUUGCACCUACCAUAGUUUGAGCCACACUGAUUGCAGCGAAACAGGUGACAAUUUCAGGUGGACCUUAAAGAUCCACUUUGAUUGCAGUGAGUAAGAAUCUGCAAAUUUGUUAGGUUAAACCGGAGUAGAAAUGCAUAGUUGUCAUACAAUAGUAGCCUUGACCUACAAAGCGGUCAUACAAUAGUAGCCUUGACCUACAAAGCGGUCAAGACCAGCUCUGCCACUUGAAGCAGGUAACAUAGGUAGGCUGGCUAGUUUUGCACUCCUGCUGAGCUGCCUAUCGCUUCCAAUCCACUUGACUGUUUUUCCUUAUCGGCUCCACUGACUUUGAGGCUUUGGUUUCUGGAGUGGGGGCAAAGUCCCUUAUUUGAGCUGUAGAACCCCAACGGUCAUUAAUAAAAAAUAAAAACAAGUCUCUAGGUCUUGUAGAUCUCAAGAUAUGAGGCAAAAUGUGCAGGCAUUAUUCUGCCUGCUGGUUUUGUGAGAAAUAACCCUUAUACUGCCUUUCAGGGUCUUUAGCCAAUGAAUGAAGUCAUAGGUGCAGUUGACAUUUAGGAAAGCAGAGCUAGCCUUAUAGAGUGACACGGUCACUGCCUGGAGACAGAGUUUUCAGUUUCAUUUUUUAAGCUAGUUUUUAGUUCUCCUGGUCGAGUUGAGGUUGCUGCCCACAGAAAACAGUUCAGAAAUCCAGGAGUUUAGUGCUUAGGCCCUGGUUAGGCAGUAGUGUGCCUAUCAAAACACAACAGGUAGCAGUAAAGGCAAGAGUCGAUAGUUCAGGUCUUACUUUAUUAUUGAAAAAUGUGACGUACCCACACCCGGUUUGUAAACAUUUAAAAGUUGCUCCAUGAUGCAAACGCAGAUAAAGCCCCAUCGUUACUGUAUCCAGAUUUCAGGGUGUGGGGCUAUUUUGCCGAGAGAGUGUUGACCUGUUGAAAGAAUUUAUGACGGACCCAUAAAGUAUCCCAGAAGUGUUUCUGAGUGGGAUAGGGAGGCAACAACCCUGCAGUCAAGUCUCCUGAGGUGUUGGUUUUUUGAAAGGGAAACAGGGACUGUGAAGUUCAUAGUAGCAGCCAUGUUGAGGAGACGGUGUGAUUACAGUGGUACCUCGGGUUAAGUACUUAAUUCAUUCCGGAGGUCCGUUCUUAACCUGAAACUGUUCUUAACCUGAAGCACCACUUUAGUUAAUGGGGCCUCCUCCUGCCACUGCGCAGCCGGAGCACGAUUUCUGUUCUCAUCCUGGAGCAAAGUUCUUAACCCGAGGUAAUAUUUCUGGGUUGGUGGAGUCUGUAACCUGAAGCAUAUGUAACCUAAAGUGUAUGUAACCUGAGGUACCACUGUAUUAUUUUUUUCUUUCCCAUGGGAGAAAAAAGGACCCUUGAAACUGGUGGAUUUUGCUGCAAAAAGCAACUUAAAGGGAAAGUUAAUCACCCAUACAUUCCUACGUGCCACUGCUGUGGUCAACUCCACAGCCCCCUGUACACAUUUCAAAAAAUAAUAAUCCUCAAACACACCUGCGAAGUUACUAGCACCUCUUACUCAUCUGAUUAUCUUGUCAUUGACUGGUUUAGGUUUUCAGUCAAACAUGUACAUACUCCCUGUUGGGUCACAACAAAGCUCAAGACUAUUUCAGUUGCUCCCUUCCAGAGCAGCUAAGUAGUUCGAAAGUCAAGAAAAUGUUUUCCCCCCCCCCAAUACAAAAUGCUUGUUUUAUGUCUUUAGAUUUAUAUUUAUGUAUUUUGUAUGUAUACUUUGCCAGAAUCUAGGGUGGGGGGAAUUCCUGCAGGUGUCCAUGCUUUUUCAGUUAUUACUUUCCUACUCCUGGCAAGACAUAUUUUCUGUUUCACUUUUCAAAUUCAUACAUUGUUUGCUUGAUUGAAUGCUUCCUACCACCAAUAUUGCCGUGAGUAUUAGAAAAAAAAACCUGGGAAGAAACUAAGAUUGAAAUCCUUCCCUACCCUCCUCAAUAUUGAUAGCUCAAUAGGUGGGUUAGGAUAGAGGAUGAACCCCUUUCUGCCAGUGGUGUGGAGUCCUGUUGUUGAGGGUUUUGCUGUGAUGUAGGCCCAGUCCUCACCUGAGCAGGUGGUAGCCAGUGGAGGCAUGAAAAUGGACCAUAUGGGGGCAGGGGCUACAGGAUCCAUUGGAUCCUAUGUCAGGCCAGCUCCCAGAGAGGGGUCUGGACUCUGGUACAGUGGUGAGGGGAGCACAAAAUAACUCCUAACCCCCCCCCUUUUUCCCUGAUCUGCAGAAGCUGGCAGAGAUGCAGUAGUUCUUUAAUGACUCCCUGGGCAGGGACAGGAUUGUUCUGCCCUAAGGCAAAUUUUUAAAAAUGAGACAUGCAUGAAUGGCAUGCAAGAACUGCAGCUCUGUUGCCAGCCAUCUCUCAGAAUUUCCAGUAGUUGCGAAAGAAUGCAUUAGUUAUUACCUUGAUGAGGUUGAAAGCUUGAUAUGUCAAUACGUAGAUGAAACUGCUACAGGGAAGAAGGUCAUGUGAAUUGUGAAGCCCUAGAAACAGUAUUGGUCUCUGCCUUGAGGCUUAUUCUCACUUUUUAAGAAAAAGUGUUUUGAGAGUGGCUUGCACUGCUAACACAGUUAAAUCUACUCCUUUUUCCCAGCAAGCGGGGCAGAUCCUUACUAAGGAGGCGCUCAUGAGUAUUUGCUGUUAUAAGUGUCUUCUGUGGGAUUGUGGCAACAUUCCAUUAAUGCUAGCAACCCCAAACGUUGGUUGGGAGGCUGCAUAGUGCAGCACACCAUCAGGAGCGAAGUGUAUCAGUGUAGCUGGUGCUGAACUGACAUAUCCCAGGAAUAGCUUUGCUGGUUGAGAUGCACUAGUUAUGCCUUUCCCAAAGCACUGAACCCAAAACAUGGGCGUACCCAGGAUUUAUUUUAGGGGAGGCAGGCUUUAUGUUGAGGUGGGGGAGAACCGAGUUACCUGCAAUGCAAUUGGUCAGUUAGUUAAGUAUUUUUAUUUACUUGAUCUAGAGGGGAAAGUUGCCCCCCUCCCACCUCCCGGACUACGCCCAUGCCCCGAAAGCUGCUCAGUAUGGGACCAUAGGUUUGGGCCAUGAGACAUUUUUAAUUUCAAGAGUUCACUGUUGAGUGAUUUUUGGCUUCUACGGAUCUUAUCAUAUUAAUUUGUUUUAUAUAUCCAUAUUUAUGCCCUCACAUAAAGUAUGGUGAAAACAACACAAAAAACCAUUUUGUUUAAUUGAUAAUAUAAUAAUAAUAAUGAAUUAUUAUUGCAUCAAGUGCAUAUGGCUGAAAUGUUAAGCAUUUUCCUACAGCAUUAUAUUAAGAUGCACUGCAACUGCGUUAUAUAUACCUGUAAAUAAUAGCUUGCGUGUGCCAAUAAUCUUUACUUCUGAAUGACUCCAACAGUGUCUUAAUAUUGGUUCAGUUUACCAUGCAUUCAUAUCCAUUUCCCCCCCACUCAAAUGUCAAAACCAUUUCCCCCCCUACAGAGGUUUAUACAAAGGAUGGAAAUUCCUAUGGAAAGCCUUGUGAAUUCCCUUUCCUAUUUAAUGGAACAUGGCAUCAUGACUGCACCCGCAAUGAAAUGUUUACAGAUGAUGAAUGGUGUUCUACAACCUACAGUUUUGAUCAAGAUAAAGAAUGGGGUGUCUGCUUAAAGCCAGGCAAGUAGCAUUGCUAAAAUGCUAUAUACUGUGCUACACUGAAAUGUUGAAAUGUUUCUUUGAUUGUCCUUGAAUCUUUCUGCUGCAGUUGCUACUCUCCUGCAACACCAAUGUAGUGCAGCACAUAGAUAUGGGAGGUGCAGGCAGACUUCGUGUUCAUUGCAAUGCCUUGUUCUAACUAUGCGUGACCAUGCUCUUCGUUUGAAGGGUGGGGAAAACAUCUAUAUUGCUCCCUUCUGGAAUUCUCAGCACAUGGUUACUGUGGUACCCAGAUGGUUGCUUUUUAAUUAUUUAUUUCUCUUGCAUCAGAGGAUGGUUGUCAGAAUGCAUGGGAACAUGAUGCAGAUUCUGGAAAUUGCUACCAGUUAAACACACAGGCUGCCCUUACUUGGAAAGAAGCAUAUGUCUCAUGCCAGAGUCAAGGUGGAGAUUUGCUGAGCAUCGCCAGUGCAUCCGAGUUAAGCCGUAUUCAAGGUACGUACAAGGUAUAGUGAAUUUCUGGGGAAACCUGGCACUACCAAAUUGGGGAGUCGGGAUGGAACCUUAGCAAGAGGAUUAGUGUCAAGGUAGAUUCUUAGCUACCACCUCCUAUCUCUUGAAGGAGUUGCUUCCACAUAAUUCUCUAGAAUUAUCAAAAUUCCAUUCUACACAAACUUACUUCCUACUACCAAAAUAACCAAAAUACCCACAAGAAAUUCUGGACCCAGAAUGUGUCCUUGGUUUUUUCUCCUUCCUUUUGCUUUCUCCUCCUUUUUCAUCUACCUGCCACUCCCUCUGAUACUUGGGCUCCUUCUUAAGCCAUGGAUUUGCUGAGCAUGAUGUACAAACUAAGCCACUAUCUAAUCAAUUCAUAUAAUGCUUGUGCAACCACAUCACAUACUGUGCUCCAUAAGCUCAUGCCCAAAUAUUUCUGUUUGACCUUAAAUAUGUAUAUUAUUUUAGCAACCGAAAGCUACCUGGAAAGACGAUACCUAGGUUCAGUGCAGCUAAAUGGGAACUAUGAAUUUACAGUGUGGAAACCAAUCAAUAUUAUUCAUCUCGUAAUAUUUUUAACUCCUUAGCAAAAGAAGGCAUUGCAGAGAGAUUCUGGAUUGGAUUAAACCAGCUGGAUAUUUCUGGAGGCUGGCAGUGGUCAGAUCAUACACCACUGAAUUUCGUCAGCUGGAGUCAAGGUGAGCACAUUUCACUGAUCAGUUGCCCAGUCAAAUUCUGUGCAUGUCUACUCAGAAAAAGUUGCACUGUGUUCAGUGGAUUACUCUCAGGAAGGUGUGAACAGGAUUGCAGCCUUAUUUUAAAAAAUUGAUUUAUAGUGCGAAAUGUUUGGAACUCUUCCUUUCCAGCCCUAUAAUUAUGUGAUACUAUAACUUUAAAUUUCUAAAUACUUCUUGUUGUUUUUCUAUAGAGAUUCAGAAUUCAUCUCCACUAGAUGGAUCUGGCUGUGUAGCUAUGGAAGCCAAUGAAGGUACCUGGAUGAGUUAUCCUUGUGAGAAUAAACUUCCGUAUGUUUGCAAGAAGCCAUUCAACAAUACCCAGUCAGAGUUUGAAGGUAAAUUGGAAAUAAAUUGUGGAUUUGGUUUUUGUUAGGCAGUUAAAUUUGUUAGGCAGUUACGUAGUUAAAUUGACUCAUAUUUACAGCUGCUGCAGCAUCUGUCAUACACUUUUUCUUCAAGAACAACUUAGUUAUGGAAGCCUGCUUGCAAGAAAAACAGCAUACCAAAAAGUAUAUUCGUUGCAAUGCCUAUUGGUCUCAAACCUGCAGAGUAGACAAUAAAGAGGUACAAAGGGUGAGAGGAGAGUUUCAGCCAGGUGUGGCUGUUUUGUUUUUGUUUGCAGAAAUAGUUAAUAGUUACAAAAUCAGGGGAAACGUUUGGGAAUUUUUACCAUUGAAAAAAUGCUACUGUAUAGUGUCAUGCUAUAGUUGCCUUUCCUUUAAAAAAAAAAAAGUUGUGUGUUUUUUCUGCGCAUCACCCGGUGUAUAUUUCCUGCUGAAUGGUUCACAUGUUUUAUUUAUUCUCAGCAGUUGAGCAGUAUGUGGAGACCCAGUGUGAACCUAAUUGGCAUUCCCACAAUGGAUUUUGCUAUAUGCUAAUGAGCGGCACUGCUUCCUGGGAAGACGCACAUCAACUUUGCAAUGCAAGCAAUAGCAACCUUAUCAGCAUACACUCCAUAGCAGAUGUUGAGAUAGUGGUUACAAAACUUCAUAAUGGUAAGUUUGGCUAAGCAUAGGCAUGAAUUUCUUCUGCCUUUUUCAUGCUAAUCACCCCAUCUCAACUUAAGGCUGAAAUGACUGAAAAUUUGGUUUAGAAGGUUAUUUGCCUUAUAUAUCUUUAGGUGCCAGGCAAAAACAUUCCUCUUCUCCCAGGCCUUUGACUAUUUAAACAAUCUAUGACCUUUUAAACUAUGUAGGUGUGUUUGUUCUUAUGGUCUUAUAUGGCUUAUUAUAUCGUAAACCUCCCUGUGAUCUUCAAAUGAAGGAUGGUAUAGAAAUUUAAUCAACAACAACAACAACAGCUGCUGCUGCUGCUGCUGCUACUACUACUACUGGUACUGCUUCAUCUGUGGCCAGAAUUUUUGUCACUCUAGAUCACAGACUCAAUAAUAAAAAUAAACAUAUAUUUUUUCAACUUGGAUAAAAUGCACUGUGCUGGUCCUAUCUCUAUAUGUCUUGCCUUAGUCAUAGGGCAUCUGUUGUAUAAUUCCGUGCAUUCUGAAAAAAGUGAGCUUGUUUGAGUUAUAUGGCUGUGCUCCUGGUGUCUUGUUUGAUUAGCUAUAUUGCUUUUUGAAUUGCUUAUUUUUUGCUAUUGAAUAUAGACACCGCAGACAGAGUGUGGAUUGGCUUCAUAAAUGAGGAUGUUCCAGCUUUGUUUAAAUGGUCUGACGGUUCCAAAGUAGUGUUUACUUACUGGGAUCAGGAUGAGCCGAAACUUCUCUCCAACAACACUCCCAACUGUGUAGCUUACUCAGGAAAGGUAAGUCGCUUAUGUGUUACUCUGGUCCAAGUGCCUCUUUUAAGUUUCUGGGAAAGAAAGAAAAGAAGCAUGUGGAUUUAUGUACAUAGCCUGGUCCCUCCUAUGGAAGUGGAAAAGAUGAUACCUUAGCAGUGCAACCUUUAACAGACUUCCACAGAAUUAAUGUCCUGGUAUUUCAGUGGAACUCGCAUGCUUAGGAUUAUACCCUUGAAUUCUAGCAAACUUCCAGCCCAGAAGUCCACUCCCGCCAGCUGCAUCUGGGAGCAUUGUUGCAGCUGGCUAGGGAGGCGGGUGAGGCAAUGCUGCUUUGUGUGCAUACAGACACCAGCACAUGUGUCUGGCGAUGUAUCUAUAGACUCUUCUUCUUCUUCUUCUUUAGCGAUCACUCGUAGUCGAGUAAGAUUGUCUUCCCUAAACACAGUUUUUAAAGUCCACAAGUGACUGUGGAGGCCAAUUUUGGAUCCACACAUCCUUCCACGGUGGGGACAUAGGUUUCUGGGCAGGAGUUGAUCAUGGUGAAGGUUUGCCAAGCAUGCCUUCCUCUUAGCACAUUUCGUCCUGAGUUUGAGCGUCUUCAAAACCCAUGACACCUUUGGUAAAGGCUUUUCUGCAAUUGGAGCACCCGCAGGCCAGUGUUUCCCAGUUGUCGGUAUUUAUACAUUUUUUUAGAUUUGCCUUGAGAGAGUCUGUGUCUGGCGAUGUAUACUAUAUGGUCCUUGGCUGUGCCUCUAUGUGGCCUCUGGUCAUUUACCCCACACCCACCAAGCCCACGCUCAGUUCCAUAAUGGGAUCUCCAGUCGCAUCUGGGCACAGUUGGAAUAUUUUGCCUGCCUGCAAACUGGCCAAGCUGGGCAGGGUUUUUUUCACUUGCUCUGUACUGGGUUCAGGGAACAGUGAGGUUAAGGGAUGGGUAUACAGUGGUACCUCGGGUUACGUACGCUUCAGGUUACAGACUCCGAUAACCCAGAAAUAGUACCUCGGGUUAAGAACUUUGUUUCAGGAUGAGAACAGAAAUCGUGCAGCUGCGGCACAGCAGCAGCAGGAGACCCCAUUAGCUAAAGUGGUGCUUCAGGUUAAGGACAGUUUCAGGUUAAGAACAAACCUCCGGAACGAAUUAAGUACUUAACCCAAGGUAUCACUGUAGUUAAAUCAGUUAACUGGGAAAGGUUAAGGUAAGAUAAGGAAACAUUUCUGGAUGCCAUCUUCUCCAGGCUAUGGGGCUCUUAACCUGGAUGGGGAAUGUUCUUGAGGCUCACCUGCCACACCUGUGGGGCCCUGGAAGGAAAUGGGGGCAAGAAGGCUGCCCUACUCAUCAUAAUGUGGGGCCCCAACCUUGGGACUGUGCUUUUUCAUGCCCUUUGGAAAGGGUAGGGUUUGGUUCAUGCAGAGUUGAAGUGAACGUUAGCUUCCCGCAAUUCUCAUUUCCCCUUGCAGUUGUUGAUAAUAAAAUGUGGCCCUAGUUCAACCCAUCACUUGUGUCUCUCCUCUUUAUUCCUGGGUCCAGUCACAACAGAGGAAUAGAAGGCAAUUCACUGUGCUAACAGAGAAAACCUUAAGCCUUAGAACAGGAACACAGGGCCUAUUGUGAGCUCUCCCUGUUUCUUCACAGCUUUUUAUGAGAAAAAUCUCAAAGCAGCUGCUUGUCAGUGUUGGUGGGUUAAUAGUUUUUCUGUAUGUGAUAUUCGUAGCCUGUGAUAUACAGCAGAGGUGCAUGAGCAACCAUUGCCCCGUUAACAGAUAACUCUUAACGGUGGCGGAGAGCAGGUGAGGGCGGGUCUGGCACGCGUCCUGGGGGCAGAGCGUGCCGUCUGCGGGGGCAUGGGCAGCCCAGCAUGGGCGGGGGGGGGCAGCCGUGAUGGCACGCUGCCGGGGGCGGGGCGCUCUCCCCACACGCCUCUUCCUCCGCCAGUGACUCUUAAGCAAUGGUGUAGCACUAUGUGAAUGCGCCAGAGCAAAGAAUCGGGCUCCUCUGCUCCUCCAGUCUCUCUUUUGCUGCUGCCUGUGUUCUCUUCUUUUUCCCAAUUGCGGGACUCACAAGAGUUGGCCACUGUGAGAAUAGAAUGUUGGACUGAUUUAGCAGGGUGCUUUUUAAGUUCUUAAAAUCCUCAUUCAGUUUGGGAUGCAGGGCAGGCUUGUUACAUUUUUAGACUCCCAUCCAGGAUAAAAAUAGGGAGCGAGAGAGAGUAGCAGGAAAGCUAAGCACUCUCAAAAUCUGUUCCUGUCUUCAUUGUAAUACAGACAACGUGGUUUUAAAUGAGACUUCAGUUACAGUGGUACCUCGAGUUACAAACUCCUCAGGUUACAAACACUUCAGGUUACAAACUCCGCUAAGCUCCGCUAAGUAGUUACAGGUUACAAACUCUCCUAAGUAGUUACCUCGAGUUUAGAACUUUGCCCCAGGAUGAGAACGGAAAUCGUGUGCCAGCGGUGCAGCAGCAACAAGAGGCCCCAUUAGCGAAAGCACGCCUCUAAUUAAGAACAGUUUCAGGUUAAGAACGCACCUCCGGAACAAAUUCAGUUCAUAACUAGAGGUACCACUGUACUUAAAAAAAAAUGUUAUUGGGGACCCCUUUUGGAAAGACUAAUUAGCACUCAUGCAUUUGUUAUUAUAUUUAUCUAACUACUUUCUUAGAAGUUUAUGCAUAGAUACAGUGGACUUUUUGCUUUGUUUGUGCCUCCCCAUUUUUUCCCUUGUAUGUUUACUCUGGCUGUUUGCUUUCAUUGAAAAUUAAUAAACAACGGAGAGAAUAAUAUUGGGAAUGUUCUAAAAAAAAUCUCCCCCUUCCUCUUGCUGAUAGCUGGGUCGAUGGAAUGUCCUGCCUUGUGACAAUAAACUUAAAUACGUCUGCAUGAAAAACGGAAAGAUUUUGAAUGACUCAAAAGCAGAUAAAAAUUGUACUGGUGAGGUAAGGUUAUAUCAAUAAUUACAUUUUAAACCAAUCUUGGAGGUUGUAUUAAAAGUAUUUUGCUUACUGUUUGCCUGACAUUUUGAAUUUCAGAUUCAUUAUUAAUAAUAGAACGGAGUGGAAUAUUUAGAAUUCUUACAUAUUAAAUAAAUGUUAAGCAUCUGUCAUUUAUCUAGUGUUCUAGCGUACCCCCAAUUUCAAAGUUGUAGCAAUUCUUAAGUUUCACCAUUCUGCCUUUGCAAAAAUGUAACGUGGAACAUAAUUAAUGCAUACUUUUGAGUAAAAGAGUAUUAUUCUCUAAAAUAGGAAUGGAGGCAUGGAGACUUUUGUUACAAGGUUCAGAAAAGUGAAGAACUGUUUGGGAAACUGUGCAACCUCACUAUAACAAACAGGUAUUCUUUAGUGUUUGUCUUUGUCUAGAUAAAACAAAUGUGUGUUGUGCAACAAGAGAUGAGUAUGCAGUACUGUUGAAACAUGAAUGUAGAAUGAACUCUGUAGUAUGCUAGUGAAGUAUUUACAUUUAUGACUAGUAGAUUUAUUCAUGUAUUUGAUCAUGAUAGUUGCAUCCUUAGUUUUUGAAACUUGACUCUUACAGAUUUGAGCAAGAAUUCAUAAACAAUUUGAUUAGAAAGCAUAGCAGAGUUGAGGAAAAGUACUUCUGGACUGGCUUGCAUGAUAUCGGCUCUUCAGGAGAGUAUAGCUGGGGAACCGUGGAUGGGAAGAAUGAAAUGCUCACGUACACAAACUGGGGUCAUUUCCAACCAGGUACAGUACCUUCUCGAAAUCAGUGAAGUGCUACUAUUUGUUCUAUGUUAAAUCUUGAACAAUACUAAAUUUCUUGGUUACAAUUUUGAUUUGAUUUCAAUCUACAUUCUAGCAUUGCGUGGAGGAUGCGUGGCUAUGUCAGCAGGAAAAUACCUUGGAAAGUGGGAGGUCAAGAAUUGCAAAACAACGAAAGCUUACUCUAUUUGCAAGAAGUACAUUGGACCAAAAGUAGAACCGGAAGUAGUUCCUAAAGUUACUGACCCUUGCCCUCCAGGCUGGCACAGUGGAUCAGGUCUUGCUUGUUAUAAGGUAGCAUAUAUCCUUCCAGUUAAAUCACCUAAAGGAUCUAGUUCAGCCUUCACUAUCCUGAUGCCCUCUAGAUAUUACAAACUUGAAGGAACCGAGCUACCACUUAAAAAAAAAACAUGUAUAUUAUCUUAAUGAAGAAAAAACAAAAGCACUACAAAAUGUUGAACUAGAUAUUUCCACCAUACGGAAAGAGAUCUUUUCUGAUCUUCAUUCCGAACACACCUUACGAAAACAAGUGCACAAAUGCCAUUUUAGGCAUGCUUGUUUUGGGAAGCCUAGCCAGAUACGUAGAAUGAUGCCAUACGUUUUAAUCUAGUUUUUAGCGUGUUGCUGAUUUUAAUCUAGUUUAUAGCCUGUAAAGUCAUUAAUUUUGUUUGGACACGGGAUGAGAACCCAGAAGCUGAGAGGGAGGGUGUGUCAGAAGGAAGAUUCUCUCUCUCUCUCUCUCUCUCUCUCUCUCUCUGUGUGUGUGUGUGUGUGUGUGUGUAACUUUGUAUUAAUGUAACAUUUUAUAUGUAACUCUGUCUUCGUAAUAUUUUAAGUCGUCUGUUGUUUAUUCAGUUUUUUGUAUACUGCUUAUGAUAUCUGUAAUACAUUAAAUGAUAUAUUAAGUGGUAUAGAAAUGAAAUAAUUGAAUAGUCAACUAUAGCUCCCAUCAGCUCCCAUCAGCUGGAACUGAUGGGAAUUGUAGUCCAAAACAUCUUGAGGGUAGCAGGUUGGCUAAGGCUAAUCUAGUUCAGUGACUUGAGUGUGCACACAUACACACACACACACACACACACACACACUAUUCAUAUUCUUGAAUUACUUUGGACUUGUAUCUAAAACUCUCAGAACACCCUUGCAUAAUCCUUCCUUUCCCACAGUCAACUAUUUCUUUGCAUUACAUUUCUUUGUUUUAGCUGAUUAGAUUAUCUUCGUUUGGUUUUGUUUCCCUGGCUGAUCAGCCUCUGUUCAUCAGAACAAAAGCACCACUUGGCUCCUGAGUUGCCCUUUAAGGCUGCUGGGAGUUGUAGCUUUGUGCUGGGGGUAAAACCACAGUUCCCAGGAUUCCUUGAAGGAAGCUAUAUAUGGGGGUGGGGGGUGUACAGGACAAAAAAUAUAAAUUUGUGAUGCUUUCUUAGGGCAGUUUUUGUUAACAAGACAGGGAGAACAGAAUCCAAUGUGUGUGUAUAAAACCAGAUUGGGUAGGUUUAUACGGCAGCCAAGUAGCUUUGAAGUAUUAGGGAUAUCUUUGGCCCCUUUCUUUUCAUUGAUAAAGGACUGAAUCGGAUUUUUCUUUUUUUCUUUGCAAAGUUAUUUCAUAAGGAAAGAGUGCUGAGAACCAGAACCUGGGAAGAAGCAGAGAGAUUCUGUGAGGCUCUUGGAGGACACCUCCCUAGUUUUAGCCACUUAACAGAAAUCAAGGAGCUCCAUGACAUUCUGAGAGAGACCAUAAGGUAACGCUCUUCGAAAGCUAGUUUUCUGGACAAACUCAGUUGGUAAUGUGGCAUUUAAUAGUCAUGUCCUUUAAAAAGAAACGCUUCUGGAUAGCAUUAAUGGAACAUGAACUAAAACCGCUUUUGUUGACAUGCAAAGAACAUUCGGCAAAUUUGUUCUUUCAAUUAUUUUGUUUCAAACAUUAUUUUCAGUAGCGUGUGGUGACAAGUCUGUUUCCUCCUCUUCCUCCUUGCUUUGAGUAUUGUUUCCUAAAGAACACAUUAGUUAAAUGAUUAAGCAGUAUACUGUUGCAUACAUACAUACAUACAUACAUACAUACAUUUCAAGAUCUCUAGUACAGAUUGUGGUGUGUGUUUUUAGGAUUCUGCAGGAAGGCAGAAGGCUUCCUGCAGCCAAUCGGAAGCCGUGCCUUGGUUUCCAAACAUUUUGGAAGUCGAAUGGACUUUCGGAACGGAUUCUGUUCGACUUCCAAGGUACCACUGUAGCUAAGUAUUUAUUAAUUGACAUACAUGCAUUGUGAAAUCUACAUGUACAAAUGGCAGGCAUAAUCAGAAUUUUGGCAGACUGGUAAAAUGAUUCUCUCUCUCUCUCUCUCUCUCUCUCUCUCACACACACACACACACACACACACACACACACACACUGUGCUUUCAGUUUGGAAGUCUGCACAGGGCUCUUGUCUUGCGUGAUUAUAGUGAUGAAUAAUUUGUGCUUAAAGCUGCACUUGGACUGAAAUGGUAUUUCAUUUACAGCGAUAGCCGUUGGGUCUGGAUUGGGCUAAAUAAGAGGAAUCCUGACUCUCUAGGAUCCUGGCAGUGGAGUGACAAUAAGCCUGUAAGUUAAACUGAUGGCAAUAGCAUAUCAUCAUACCUUAGUUGGGAGAACGUAGGUGGGUCUGAAGGAAAUUAGGCAUCUUUUAAAAAAACAAAACACCCAACUAUUUCAGACAUGAAGAAUGAAAGGGAUUUUGAAGAAUGCAAUUCUGAACAUAAUUUGUCAGUGGAAGACUUUUUAAGAAUCUAAAGAUCUAGCCAUUUUUACUGUUGCUUUGUAUUAGAAGUAUGCGCAUAUACAACAAAAAAGAUCUAGCUAUUUCUUAACAUGUGCAGGGGCUCUGAGAAGCAUAGGGAUGUUUCCCAUCACAGGCACUGUGUUCCAUCCAUUUCCCUGGAAGAAUCAGGUUUUCAUGCAGAUUCUUUUGGGCUCACUGAAAUAAAUUGACAGCCCGUAUGUAGGAGCCUUGUGUGAUCGUAGAAGUGCACAUGAAACUCUGAGUCACGUUUGGUGGACUUUUUUGAACUAUGCAUCGGAUUGUGAUCUUGCACUUCAGCCCCUAUUCAGGCAUUCUUUUAUCAUACGUGAUUAAAGCCUUCGCAUGCGGGAGUGCUCUGCUUCCUCCGGUGCAUCAGAGUCCCAUCUGUUUAUUUACAGCCCUGCACGGGUUGAAAGGCAUUCUUCUUAAGUAGGGAGCCACCUCUGCUAGUGGAGACUCCUCUCUAGGAUUUUGGAACUCUAAUUUCGCACGUGAGGGAAAUGAAUGCUGCAAUAUAGCUGUAAUUCUGUGCAGAAGACCACAUUCUUACAUACAUUCACCAACCGUGAGCCCUAAGUAUGGGCUCUCUGUUUACUUCACUCAGCAGAACGGAAUGUGUGUGUAGCCGGGUUUCCUCCAAUGAAACAAAUGGAGGAGUGCCUGUGGUGAAAAACUACAAUGUGCUCAUUGCCAAUUCAAUUCAAUUCUGUAUCUUCUCUUUCUGUAGGUAUCUACUGUUGUUAUGCACCCUGAGUUUAAAGAUGAAUACGAUACUAGAGACUGCGCAGCUGUGAAGGUGCGGUGUAACACGCUUGAUAACUAAGUGGGAAUACUUUGGGGGUUUUUUUAUAAAUUAGUUCAAUUGAUAGAUUAAAUUUAGAAUGAUUUGCUGCAACUUUGCCAAUGUGAAGUUGUCAUUGAGUUAAUACAACGAAAAUGCUACAGCACGCUUACUGUGACGUAACUUAAGAAUGAAAUAGAAAUAUUGCAUUGGACCGAUAAAAUAAAUUAGUCUAUAAUUUUGUGUCCCUUGCUGUCUUCUCUGAGAAAUGCGGUAACAAACGCUGUCCAAAUUCUUCUUUUUGUAGUUGAAAAACAGUUCCUCUUUAAUUAGUUUCAAAUAUAUAUAAUAAAAUAAUGCAGUUUUUGAUAACCAGUACUGGUGAUAAACAUAUUUGUGUGUGUGUCUGUCUGUGUGUGUGUGUGUGUCUGUGUCUGUGUGUCUGUGUCUGUGUCUGUGUCUGUGUCUGUUACAGCAAAUUAAAUAAGGCUGCACCUUUUUCCUAGGAGUAAAUAACAUUGAAUACAGCCUAACAUUGCUUAGGCUUGCACUGUAACAGAGUUAACCCUGAGCAGGGUUUCAAAUCUAUGCAACAAUUACAAGUGCAGUAGGAUCCAUAUCUAUUUCACCUGGCCAACCUUGGCUUAAGUGCAUGCGUCCUUGUGGUUUAGUUUUUGAGCUACAAUCCUCCGUAAGCAUACUUGGAAGGAAAUUUGAUUAGACAGACAUACUUCUGUGUGAGAUUGCCUUAGAUCUGGCUGCACAAAAGCAAGUAGCUGUGCUUUUUUAUCCAUAGAAAAGCCCGAUUUUUUUUAUAUAAAAAGAAUGAAAUAUAAUUUCUGUUUAUUAACAGUUCACUUAGGCUGCAUUACACUUACCUGAUAGUAAGUCCCACUUAAAACAGUGGAACUUAGUUGCAUGUAAAUAUUACACUGCACAUGCAGGAAUCAGUUUCAUUGGUUUUUUUAUCUUAAUAAUGUGUGCAGUUUCUAAGACUAACACGGAGAACAAUGUGGACUCUUUACUAUUCUGAAGACAGACAAGAAGAUUUCUACUUAAAGCCUUUCUACUGUGGUUCACAACUUGAAUGGGUGUGCCAGAUCGCUAAAGGUAAACUUCAUUCACAGCUCAGUCGUAUGCAUGUUUACUUAGAAGUGAGUGUCAUCAUAUUCAAUAUAGCUGCCUCCCAGGUCAGUGUGCAUAGGAAGGCAGCAUUAGGCUUAGAAAUGUCUUUACUUUCAUUUUAUUCACAUUUGUCAGCAUGAACUGUUUGCCCAAAUUCCUGUGAAUUUGAGGCAAAGAGCACUGAAAAAAGUUUUAUUUCACAUGGUGUGUGUUUUUUACAAGAACAAUAAGAACUUGUUGGAUUAGGCCACAGGCCUAACAAAUUAAGCAUCCUGUUCUCAGUGCUCAUCAAUAUGUCCUUGGGAACCCUCAAGCUGGAUGUGAGGCUUUAAAAAAAGAAAGGUGAUCCUUGAAUCAACAUUUGAUUUUCUGUGUCUAGUUUACAUUGACUAUAAAGAAUCUACAUGAUAACAUUAAAAUUACUCUCAUGUUUUUAUUCCACAUAAUCAAGCAGGCCUUGCACUCCACAAUUCUUGGGCAUGACUUGUUCUGCUUCUAAUAAUUGAAUGCCAUUUUAAAAUUUUCUGAUGAUGCCCAAGUAUAGAAGGAAUGUCUGGCUUUCACAGAUUCUUGUUACAGUGGUACCUCUGGUUACGUACUUAAUUCGUUCCAGAGGUCCGUUCUUAACCUGAAACUGUUCUUAACCUGAGACACCACUUUAGCUAAUGGGGCCUCCUACUGCUGCCGCACAAAAAUCCCCAUGCCUCUUCCAUUCAUACUUUAGAGAACAGUGCUUCUUUACUCAAAAGUAAAAUCAGUAUGCAUUAUAUACAAAGGACUACUUCCCCUGCUCAUUCUGCUUGCCUCACCACAAACCCUCAUCCCCCCCCCAUCCUGCCCUGUCCUGCCCCACCUUCUACACUUCACCCACCUUUGCCUGCUCCCCCACAGCUUUUCCAAACUUCCCCUCACAACUCACCUGAGCACCUCCCAAACAAACAUAAUAAGCAAGCUACAUGGUUGGUUGGUUGGUUUUUCCAAAUUGCAGUUGUGUUCAAGUUUGUAAGUUGUAAUAAAACUUUACUGCUUGCACCUUUUGGGUAAAAAGAAAAAAACAGCACAAUUUCACUCUUUGUUUAAUGGUGCUCCUGAAGAUUCCAGCUCUCCUUUUCUUCUGAUAAAAGGGAAAUUGGCAUGCCCUAAUUUUCCUUACUCUCAUCCACAGGUCGUACUCCAAAGACACCAGAGUGGUACAAACCAGGUAAGCGAACAACUUAGGCUUCCUACACAUCAUUGAUAAAGGUGCUAGCCACAUAUAGGUCUCCAAAAGUGCCAGUGAUCUCGAACACAGCCUCUAGCAACUUGGACCCCCAGCUAUCUUAUUUUCAUUACCUUUAAUGCAGCCUGCAAGCAGAGCGAGUUGUUAGCCUGCUCUCUGCUAUUCUGCAGUACCACUGCUUCAGUUUGCCUGAGGGUGUACUGUGGCCCCCAGCCCAGCAGUGGUCAGAUGACGGAAAGAAUCCAAUGAAUCCCAUCUCAUCUUACAUAACUGCUGACUCUGGCUUGGCUUCGCACUCUGAACAACUUACUCAAACACAAGCAGAGCAGCUCUUGGACUGAUACCUUACUUGUUCCCUGUUGAAUCAUGGGCCUAAAUCCAAAAGCCGACUGAAACCUGAAAUAAUCUUACAGUACUUUAUAUAGAAACUUAAAUUUGGCAAAUCUUCAGGGGAAAUAGCAAGUGACGUUGAAGAAAAAUCAGUGAGAGGGUGUCUCUCUGUCUUCAUUAAUCAAUGGAUGGUUAAUUUAAGAGAGCACUUAAACGUCACAAUGGAACAUAAAAGCAAAGUGCUGUCUCAAAUAUGUUGAACUGGGGCUGUUCUGUAGGUCACAACUAUCUUAUUAGCCACUGACAUACAAUCUCCAAAAUGUAUCGCUCAUAAAAUUGCUGUCCUUGAUCAUUUGCUGAUCAACUUAAGGCAGGGAUAGGGAACCUACGACCUUCCACAUGUUGUAGGAUUACUGCUUCCAUCAGCAUGGUCAGGAAAGAAGGUACUUGUGACUCCCAACAUCAUCUUGAAUGCCAAAGGUUCCCCAUCCCUGAUUUAAAGGUAUCUUCAUUUGACUUUCGUGGAGAUCAUACAUACUCCUUUGGUCUAUUCCUCCCCACAAGAUGAAUGUGAUCCUUCUGUUUGCCUUGCAGCUAUUGAGGCCUCCACAGACAAUGCUGUUCUCAUAUCAUACUUAGGGGGACAAUGUGUCUGAGCACAACAUCAGAAACUGGAGAAAUUUUUAGAGGGACUCAUUUGUUACUUUGCUUAGUUUUGUGUUGGGUCAGCAAUGACUCAGCAUUGCUGCAGUGAAUGUGUUGGAGCAUUGCCCAUGGGGAAGCAUAUGCUCAUAUUUACUGGGGGUUUUGGGGGGAUUUUAUGUUGACUUUUAUCUAUGGUUGCUUGGCUGCCCUACAAUUGCCAGAUGAAGGGUGAUCUAGAAAUAUAAUAAUGAUGUUGCAGAGUUUCCUGCAUUAAUGCACAGUAUUUUUUAGAUAACUGUUAAUUCACUUCAUUGUUACAAUAGUUCAUCUACCACUACUAGAUAACAUUGUCCUGGAGUGUCAACACAAGGGGGCUUGUGAAGAAGGCGCAGCAGAGACUGUACUUUUUGAGAAUACUAAGGAAAAACCAUCUUCCGCAGAAACUGCUGCUUGCCUUCUAUCACUGUGCCAUUGAGAGCGUGCUCACUUAUGGCUUAUGUGUGUGGUACAGAAGCUGUACUACCCAGGACAGGAUGGGGUUGUGCAGGGUUGUUAAGGCAGCAGAGAGAAUUGUUGGCUGCCCACUCUCCACCUUAGAGCAGAUUUAUGCCACAAGGUGCCAUAGGAAGGCACUGGACAUAGUAAAAGAUCCAUCGCAUCCUGGUCACUGUCUCUUCGAGCUCUUGCCGUCGGGACGGAGAUACAGGACGAUGAAGACAAGAACGAGCCGUCUUAAGAACAGCUUCUUCUCCAGAGCGAUCUCGGCCCUGAAUGGGAAGCCUGGACUUUGAAAGUCAUCUAAUCUCCCUUGCUGUAUUAUACUGUAUUGAUUAAUUAGUGUUUUUAUGGAGCAGUCAAGUAAUUUCGUUGUCCCCGAAGGGGGCAAUGACAAUAAAGAUAUUAUUAUUAUUAUUAUUAUUAUUAUUAUUAUUAUUAUUGUGAAAUUGGAGGUGGGGUUGUGUGUGCAUGCAAUGUUUCAUUUAGUUUAAACUUAGGUGUAUUGCAUUCUUUUUCUUUCUUUCUUUUGUAGAUGGAGAUGGACUUCAGGGACCAGUACUGAAUAUUGAUGGGUCUGAAUUUUGGUUUGUGCCAAAUAAGCACUUGAGCUUUCAAGAAGCUGCUCUGUACUGUUCUAAUAAUGGAAGUGAUUUGGCGUCUGUGGCCUCUUUCACUGCACUAACGGGAAUUCUAAACAGGAUUGCAAAUGUAAUUUAUUUCUUUGUCUCUUGGAUAUAUUUUGUUGUGAAAAUGUCCGUGCCAAAAUAGGGUUUUUAAAAAACAAAACAAAAAAACACACUCUCUUGUUGUUGCUAUAAGCUGUUCAGGAAAAGCCUGUGAGAAGUAGGAUACCUUUGUCUGACAGCAUAUAUAGCAAAAGUGUUUUUCCUGCAUCCAAUGAAAAAAUGUUCUUCUCUUAUCCUUCUUCCCCAGCUUUUCCUCUAGUACUAGGAAGGGUACAGAGUAAAGGGUAAUCCAGAGCAUGCCUAAUUCUCAUUGAUGAUAUGGAAUUUCAGAGUAAAAAGUGGGAGCAAUCCUUCUCCCCAUACUGCAGGCAAAACAGGGCUUGACUUGAAAACAUUAGUUUCUGAAAUGCAGGAGAAAGCUCUAUUUAAAAAACUGCACCAAGAAACCUGCCUGUAAGUCUCACACUUGCUUUUAUUACUGUGGCAUUGGAAAUGCUCUUGGGACUGUUUUAUUAAAAACUAGGAUCUACUGAAUACCUGAGGGAGAAGGCUUAAAAUUUAUCUGCCUUUAGUUUGCAUGGUAACACUUUUUAGUGUAUUUAGGGUAUAUAGACUUUAUAUAGAAUUUAUACCGGAUUCUACACUUUUCUGAUACUUAGGUUGAGAUGUAACAUGGCAUUUGAUGCUAAUGCAUCUCCUUUUUGUUUUUGCAGUUAUCGGACGAAAGACAAAGUUGGUGGCUGAAACACACAGCUCCUGCAAGUCGCUACCAUUCACUGUACGUAGAACUAUCAGAGUCUAUAUAUGUCUGAAAUACUUUUGCCAUUCACUUAAUGAAUAUGAUCUAGUAAUGAUGAACGUAUUAUGGUCAUAGGUCAAGAUACUUGAGCUUUGAGGCUCAGGAUUUCUUACAUAUAAUAAACACGUAAGCGCUGCAGCAGAAACCUCAGAAUUUGGCAGCUGUGCUCUGUAGCUACAAAAAUUAAGAUGCCAGCUCCAUUUUGGUCCUUUCUUCAGUGAGUCCACAAAUCUCUUGUGCAGUAGGACACAUGAAAAAGAAACGAGCAAGCUAAUCAAUGAUGAUAAAUAUUUACAUGCACCAAGAGGUCAAAUCUGAAAUAAUUCAGUUCUUCAUUGUGCCUAGGUUUUCAGUAUUUUCAUACUACCAUGAACGAUACUACAGGAAUUGUUGGCAUAUUUCUUAUCAAAGUUGGUACAGAGGUAAGCUGUUCAAUUUUUUAUUUUAAACAAUGCUAAGAUACUAUUCUCCCCCCAAACUUUCAGUCUUAAAGGAAAAGUUCUCCUUUAGACUUUUUAUUAGAAGCUGCACUACUUCUAAUAAAGUAGUUUUAUUGAGUUGGAGAGCUGUUCUGGAUGUUAAAGGCAACAAAACAUUCAGCUGGCGGUGCCUGUUUGUGGAUGUCUUCGGGGUGGCCAUCUGCAAAAGAGGUCCAGGCUCCUAAUAGCUGCGUAGAAGAGGGAAUUUCAGCAGUUCAGCUUGCACGACAGUCUCCCAUCUACACAGCUAUUAAAGUUGAAGAAAUCCUUUCCUCUUUUGCAGAUGACCACCCUACAGUAUGGCAUUCAGAGUUUAUAGUUGUAUCCGGACCCUACUUUGAUGUCCAGUCCUUUGCCUUUCAGAAUUUGUGGAAAUAAUACACAGUAAAUGCAGUGUGACUAUAAGCAUAGAUAAAUAUUAAUACAUACAUAUAUGUGUCUGUGAUUCCUGCAGACAGCACGAUAAGCUGCAGUACAAAACUCCCCUUCAUCUGUGAGAAAUACAAUGCAUCGCUAUUGGAGAAGCACGACCCUGGUUAUAAACCAACUCGCAGGAAGUGUCGCGAAAAUUGGCUUGUUUUUAUGGAUAAGGUAAUAUUUAUUAGAAAGUGCCUUAUAAGAAUCUCCAAAACUUGAUGAGUAUUUGCAAAACUGUAGUUUUCUUGUGAACCACCUGGAGAUCUUUUGAUGAAGGGUGGUAUAGAAAUCUAAUAAAUAAAAAGUAAAUAAAUAAAUAAUACUGACCUUCACCUGCAAUUAAAAUAUUUUUGUAAGGUGUUUUCCCCCUUUGAUUUAAUUCUGCUCUGUAAAUUUCCCCUUAAUCAUAAAAGCUAAUGUGAAAUCCAGAUACUUUAUACAGAGUGUUUAUAAUAAAAUCUUCUUACAGUGUUACCGCAUGGUACCCCCUAAGGAUUUUAAGUUUCAGGAGGCAGACGAACAUUGUCACAGUUUGGGAGGUUCUCUUCCAUCAAUCACAAGCCAAACUGAACAAGGUAAAGUGAUAACAUUUGAUACUUCUUAUAAAGUGUGGUUCUCUUUUAUAAAACACUAUGCAUUGAUAAUUUUUUUGUUUCUGCGGAUAUGGUAGGUACCAGUUUUCUUACAGAUUUGCUAAAAACUGUUGUGGAAAUGCAAGUGAAUACUUCCCACUCCUUGAAUCUGCCACCUAUCUGCGUGAUAUAUUAGGGAGGUGGGCAGAAAUCCAUUCAACUCGCAUUUUAAUGUGAUCGUGCCUAAUUCACGCUUCCUAAAGCCAAAACGCAGAUACGCUUAGCACUUAGCUGAAUGUUACAAUUUAUUUCUCAAACUAAACUAAAUGCAUAUAUUAGGGGAAAUUACGCACAACUUUUGUGUAACAUGCAAAAAUAGGUUGCGAUAGGGAGAACUGCUUGUAAAAAUCUGUAUAUUGGGAGAAGUGCACAUUAAAAUGCUGGGGUUUUUUGUGUGUGGAUGCAUUUUUUUGUUUUAAAGCAAACUAACUAAUGCAGAAAUGUGGCAAGUUGAACAGAAUACUAGAAAAUGAAAAACUGAGGGAAGUUAAAAUUGACAGAUUUGUCCAUCCUUUGUGUCUGUCUGUGUGUGUGUGUGUGUGUGUGUGUGUGAGAGAGAGAGAGAGAGAGAGAGAGAAAGAGAAAUUCUGGACAAUGUGGAUUUAGCUAUGUAUCUACUCAGCUAUGUUACUCACUGUGUGUUCUUGAGCCAAUCACGUUCACUUAGCAUCCAUUUUUCAUAAAAUUGGCAAAGGAAGGAAGACCACCAGCCUUGGGAAUUAUGUAUUAGUGGCAUGAUACGGCAGCUCUCCAUGACUUGGCAAAGAGAAGAGGUGGAUGUUAUCCAAGGUAGAAGAAAUUGAGAGUGAUCUAGUCUGCCCUUACCUAUUACUACAAAUUUGCAAAAUCAGGCCCCAAAAUGUUGGAGAUGUUCUUUGGAUGCAACGUCUAAGCUUCAGAAGGAACUUGAGUCUCAUAUAAAUGCAGAUCAAGUAUUGCCCAAAAUGAUCUUAAGGGAUGGAAGUGGAGGAGGAAAGCCAUCAAAGCAAACUAAAGAUUGCUUCCAUUUCUAGCUGCCAAAUUGCCGAUAUUGCGCCAAUUAGCCUUUGGAGUGUAUUUUCUAAAUAAGAUUAUUUACAGCCCACAAAAUGCUGUAAAUUUAACAGAAGUAGAAGUUGCAUUACCUUAUGCAGUCAAGUUUGGAAUAUUUACCCUGUCUACCCAAUCCAAUGUGCAAUUUUUUUUUUAUUUUUUUUUGCCAACAGAUUUCAUAACGUCCUUGCUUCCUGGUAAGCCCCCAAAUAUUUGGAUUGGUUUGCACUUUGAGAUCCGUACACGUGAAAACAGGUGGACAGAUGGCAGUGAGUUGGCAUAUUCCAACUUCCAUCCAUUGCUGCAUGGAAGACUAAGGAAAAUUGAGCAUGAUGUGAGUCAUUGGAGGGGUUUUUCUCCAUUGUAGGCUUUUCAUUAUAAGUGAAUUAAGCACUGCUAAAAUGGGGAAGACUCCCAUUUUCAACAGCAGUUUCAAUAUAAACCGUUCCAUGCUACUGUAGGCACUCUGCCACUGCCAGUCAGCUCUAGCAAAGGAACAGUCGGGAUCUCAUGGCAAGCUCCCAGUUGUUCCUUUGUAACCAUGUUGUUUCCUUCCCCACACCUGACCUCACAUCCAACGCAGGCGGGUCAACUUGGGACCCCUUUUGGGCCAAAUUUGGCCCAUGGAUCAGAGGUUCCCCACCCCUGUUUAAUGAAAUACAGUAGUACCUCGGGUUAAGAACUUAAUUCGUUCUGGAGGUCCGUUCUUAACCUGAGGUUCCACUUUAGCUAAUGGGGCCUCCCGCUGCUGCUGCCGACCCGCCACCCUGCGAUUUCCGUUCUCAUCCUGACGUAAAGUUCUCAAUCUGAGGUACUACUUCCGGGUUAGCGGAAUCUGUAACCUGAAGUGUCUGUAACCCGAGGUACCACUGUAUGCUAAUCUACUAUUACUCGGCCUUCUUGGUUUGUUUGCUUUUCAGUUUUUUGAUGAUGAGGCGAAUAACCAAUGUGGUGUUUUGCUCAACAAUCCAAAAUCACCGUAUGCUGGAACUUGGAAUUUCACUUCCUGUGCCAGUAUUCAAACUCUGGCCAUAUGUCAGAUGAAGUCAGGUAAGUCUGAGAAUAGUAAAUUUGCAUUUGAGACAAAAUAUUAUUAAAACUUAAUGCACAGUAGUUUCAUUAUUAAAUGGUGUAUAGAAUGUGUCACAGGAGGUUUCAUUUUAGGAGAGGUCGUUUUACUUUCUCUCACACACAGUGAGGAAUACUACUUAAAAUGGUGCCUGUGUCAGCUGCAGUUUUUAUAAUAUUCGCUUUUUUUAUAAAACAAAAUAUUGAUCAAUCAAGGGCAAUCUUUUAGUUGAUCAAUGUGUUUUUUGAUUGUUUGACCUCUAAGUGAUUGCUCAACUAAUUGUUGCAGUUCUAAUCUUACUACCUCACUGAGAAUAUUAUAAACAACAUGGGUUUUAAAAAAAGGUAAAGUACCCCUGACAGUUAAGUCCAGUCGCAGACGACUCUGGGGUUGCGGCACUCAUCUCGCUUUACAGGCCGAGGGAGCCGGCGUUUGUCCGCAGACAGUUUCUCUGGGUCAUGGGGCCAGCAUGACUAAGCCGCUUCUGGCAAAACCAGAGUAGCGCACAGAAACGCCAUUUACCUUCCCGCCAAAGCGGUACCUAUUUAUCUACUUGCACUUUUUGGCAUGCUUUCGAACUGCAAGGUUGGCAGGAGCUGGGACUGAGCAACGGGAGCUCACCCCGUCGCGGGGAUUCGAACCCCUACCUUUUGAUGGGCAAGCCCAAAGCUCAGUGGUUUAGACCAUGGGUAUAAUACCUUUUAACAGUUUAAAACAAAAUCUGCCCAAGACCUAGGUGAUGUGUUUUUUUUCUUCUAAAAAUCAGACUGUUAGACGAAUGAUACCAUUUCUCUUGCUCAACUAUUUUGUUCUUUCAUUAGAUGAGGCAGAAAACCAGACACAGCAAGUGCUUAAUGUCACCGUGAACUAUCUAAAUGUCACAUACACCAUAAUUCUGAAGAACCUGACAUGGCAUGAUGCACAACAGGAGUGCCUGCAGAAUAAUAUGCAGCUGGUUAGCAUCACAGGACAAUACCAUCAGGCUUUUCUUGCUAUGCAGGCUGCCCGUUAUAAUUACCCACUGUGGAUUGGACUCUCCAGCGAAGAUGUAAGGCUUGUUUCUGAACCAAUUCAAAAUAUAUCAUUCGAAUAAGAGGGUUUGGGGAAAACCUACUGAGCUAUAUUAAACGAUGGGGUAAAAUGACAGACCUUUGCUGCCGCUUUUGUCUGUGGCAGCAACAUGUCUUGUGAAUAUAUGUUUUAAAAGCCUAAUAUACAAAUAAAUAGCUGUGUUAUAUAGAAUGAGCACAGCACAUUAAUUAGAAAGUAAAGUCCGUUCAGUCCCACUGAAAUCAUUGUGGUGGGGGGAGGGUUGGCAAAGCACGCCCAACUUUCUUGAGAAUCACUAGAGUUAACCUGCAAAAGUAACAACACACACAAAUUACAAGCGGAUAUAUCUCCCUGGGUGGGUCAACAAAUAUACUCAGAUUCUGGUAUUGCUUUGUUCUGCUUUAAGCAGACCUUAAACAAAACUGGUACAUGAAAUGCAUUUAGGAUUUGAACUUGGAGUUCUUGUAUUGAAGAUUAGCAGUACCCAUUGAAUCAUAUUGAACACGAGAAGCUACCUUAUAUUGAGUCAGACCAUUGGCCCAUCUGACAGUGUACUGUUCACACUGACGGGCAGUGGCACUCCAGGGCUUUAGUCAGGGGUCUUCUCCCACCCUUACGUGAAGAUGCUGGGGAUUGGACCUUAGACCUUCUGAACGCCAAGCAGAUGUUUUACCAUCGAGGAAUUGCUUUUACUUGUCUUUGAUCUUCAUAAUGCAAGCCUUUUUCCUUUAUGGUUAUGCCACCAGGAUGGGAUUCAUUAUCACUGGGCUGACAGAAAGCACAUUAGCUUUAGUCAGUGGUCCAAAGAAGACGAAGAUUUACUUGAUGAAUGCGUAUAUUUGGACAGAGAUGGACUUUGGAAAACAUCUGACUGCUAUACGCAAAAGCCAGGAGCAAUUUGCUACCUUUCAGCAAGUAGGUUUGAAUGAAUCUUUUAUUUGCAUCAGCAGUAAAACAACAAUACUAUAUACAAAGAAUAGAAAUAAAAAGUCAAUUAUAUAAAAUACAUUUUAGGGUUUUGGAUCAGUAGUCAAAUAGUGGAUCUUAUUUUGAUUGCCCCAGCUAAAAACCCUGCAACCUUUGCUGUCACCUGCUUUUACAGUUACUACGUAAAAUAUAUGCUACUGCUUUGAGAAUGCUUUUAGAUACAUUGAAAUAAACCAAUGAAAACAUUUUAUUAUAUUCUUUUUUUAAAAAAAGUUUUUGUUUUUUUUUAAUAACCAUUAAAAUCCAGCAGUACAUCUAGGGAUGUUUGUUAUAUCCAUUGUCUCUAGACAUACACUUACACGUUCAACAUGCAAAAUAUUACUUAACGUAACUCCUCCACUGACAAUAUUGAGUGGUUGGUAUAAGAAGAUCUUGAUUUUGGUCAUUAACAUAGUUAAAGAAAGGAGCCCGUGUGUCUUGGAAAAUGUCUCUAUUCAUUAUACUUGCCCUCCUGUGUCUGGUGAGACGCUCAAACAUUCCUACAUCCCAGAUAUUAUUUUCCCAUAUGUUAUGGGGUAUUUCAGUCUGGUUCUUCCAUUGCUGAGCCAUCACUAAUCGUGCUGCGGUCAGUAAGAAGCCUACUAGUUCUCUGUGGCACAGGGUGGAGUCUAUAAGUCUAUGUCCAAAGAAGGCAGGAUUUGGAGAAAGGGAUUGGCCUGUAAUUGAGGGUAUAAUGGAGAACACUCUACUCCAAAAGUUUUUAACAUUGGGACAUUCCCACCAAACAUGAACCAGGUUUUUCACAGCCCUUGCCAGCCUGACUGGCGUCCAGUGCCAUUGGAAGAUGGUCUUGAACGAGGCCUUCCUGAACGAGCAGAAAUUGUUUUGAGCAGGGGGUGGCCCAGAUACCCUCCCAUUUGUGAUCUUCAGUUGGGUGGCCCAAAUCUGAUUCCCAUACAUUCUGAAGGCCUAUAGCAACCCCUGCCUCAUGAUCUAAUAGAUUGCUGUAUAUUUGGGGAGCAGCAUCCUUCAAGUCAUAUGCUUGGCCUGCCACAUAAUGAUUCAAACAAGGUAAGUGUAUGUAGGCUGUCUCCCCUGCACACCGAAUGGAAGUGCAAAAGAAUGAGCCUGAGCUACCUGAAACCAGGUAGUAUGAGUGCCUUUUAAUUAACCUUGCAGGUCCUCUUUGGAAAUUGCUUUCCCUCUGGGAAGCAGGUGACGGGUUGUGUAAAUGCCUACGUUCCCCCAAUCCUUGAACUGUUGCUAUUUAUAUUUGCGCCUGAAAGCUGUUGUGAUCCAAGAACAGGACCAGUGGUGAAUGGUCAGGGGCCAGAGUUUUGCUCCAUGUUCUCCACACUAUCAGUACUGAUCUAGUAAAUGGAUUGUUUAUAUUUUCCUUACCUCCUUCAAGUUGCUUUCUAGGCCAACUAAUUUUGAUUUGAGUAAAUAUGAAGUGCCUUUAAAAAAUGUACCUUCUUUUUCUUUCUUUUCUAGUUGAAACUGAAAAACCUGAGGUAUUUGACUUUAUUAAAUGUCCACACAAGAUUAAGAAUACCCCAUGGAUGCCAUUUCGAAACAGUUGUUAUUCAUUCAUGAUAGCAAAAGACAGAUGGAAAGGAUUGAAGUCAGAUGAGGCCCACCAUUUAUGCAGGAUGAUGAGUAAGAAGUUUCUGUUUAAAAUUUGUUUUGUAUUUCUGUGUUCAUAACUUUUGAAUCAUUUUUUUUCAGAUCUGAGAGGACUCUGCUUGUUUCCUCCAUAAGAGUACAUGAGUAAUAAUUUCCACUAAAACAGCCUCUUCUCCCCUCACCCCCUUAGAACUGCAGUCUUGGGAACGCUGCAGUUGCUUCCAUGUUACCACUGUUUCUUCACAUAGUUGUACAGUGGUACUUUGGGUUAAGUACUUAUUUCGUUCCGGAGGUCUGUUCUUAACCUGAAACUGUUCUUAACCUGAAGCACCACUUUAGCUAAUGGGGCCUCCUGCUGCUGCUGCGCCGCCAGAGCACGAUUUCUGUUCUCAUCCUGAAGCAAAGUUCUUAACCCAAGGUACUAUUUCUGGGUAAGCGGAAUCUGUAACCUGAAGCGUAUGUAACCCGAGGUACCACUGUACUUUAUUAGUCAAAGGAAAUAAGCAGGGAUCAUAUCUGUGAACAGGCACAGAAUUAUCUACAUAGCUGUGCAGAUUUUACAAUGCAAUCGUGUAUGUUUGCUCAGAAAGAAGCUUCAUUGAGUUCAUUGGGCUUACUCCAAGGUAAGGAUUGUAUGUCACUGGAGACUUGUAUUAUAUAUGUGGUUCUCUCUGGCCUUGCUUGCACUCUGCUCACUGCAGACUUAGAAAAACAUUGCAAUAAAAACAUCUGUUGGCUAUCUAGAUUUACAAUGUGUUAAUGUGAACUGUGUUGGACCUCUUUCGUAUCUAGAUUAAGUUUAAGAGAAAUGAUGCCUUUUAAAAGAAGCUUCUCUUGACCUGCUAGAAGGGCAUCCAGGAAAAAACGAUUCCAGUGUGUAGGCCUCUUACAAAAAAAGCAUUUAAAAAGUGAAUGCAGCUUUAUAGUUUAAAAAAAAGCAUUUUGAGUUCUGCUGGACCAUGAACAUUCCCUGCUGUUGCCAUUAGCAAUUUGUAUUGAAAGCUAUACCACCUUCUGAGCUUAGAUAUUCUGUUUACCUACUGUAGAUAAGUAUCUCUCAGCUGCUACUGCCAUCUUACAUUAAUUUGUCUAAUGCUGUUUUAAAGCCAUAUAAUCAAGCAGCCAUUAUACUACAUCUUAUGGCCGUCAAUGUCAUAUGUUAAUUGUGUGAAGAUUUGCUUUCUCUUAGUUUGUCCUGAAUCUACUACCAGUUUAGUUUCAUUGGAUGACCCUAAAAGUAUGGGAGAGGAAGAAAAAAUAUCACCACUGCACAUUAUGUAUAAUUUUAUAAACCUCUGUCAUAUUUCCCCUCACUCAUCUUUCCCCCCCUUUACUGAAAAGCUCCAAACGCUUUACCUUCACUGUAUAUGGAAACUGUUCUGCUCUGUAGUGGGUGGGUGUGGGUGUGUAAUGUGUCGACCAGAUCACUAGACAAUCUCUCAUUUAUAGGAAAGAGUAUUACAGUCCAUUUCCUAAUGAUGCCCAAUAUGGAGUUCCCAUUUCACACACUGCAGAGCCUUCACGAGAGAUAGCCAUUGUGGUGCCCUCCAGAUGUUGGACUACAAUUCCUAUUAGACCCAACCAGCCAUGGCCAAUGGAUGGGGAUGAUGGGAGCUGUGGUCCAACCAGGAGCAGUUCAUCAGUGGGGUGGAGCCAUAGCAACAACCUCCUGCAAACAGGGUCAGUGCCGCUUACCAGGAAAAGUGAGACAGACUACUUUCUGGGUGUACUGAAGAGAGCGCUGGGUUGGUUCUGCCGUGCAUCCACACAACCCUGCUUCACCACCACUUCACCCUUCCCAGGAAGCAGUGACAACCCUACUGCAGAGAGGCUAUUGCUGCUGCUCUACUAUAGCCACCAGGCUUGUCUCCUUGAGCCCAACAGCACCUAGUAGGCCAAAGGUUCCUCACCCCUCUCUAUGCUUUUCCAUAAUUUAUGUACCAUGACCUCUGCAUCCAGACCUAAGAAAGAGCAGUUGACUUCUGUCACUAAUCAUUCAAGAUUAUUAUUAUUUUGUCUUGGUUUAAAAACUAAGGUAAACAGCUAAACCUUGGUAGCCCCUUCCUUGAAUUAAUUUCAUAAACUGUCUAUAAAAUCCUGCCAAAUCCAUUACGUGAUUUGACUUUUAAAAAUUGCUUCAACAGAUACGAAUGCCUCCCUCUUGACUAUCAGGGAUGAAGAUGAAAAUAGUUUUGUUGUUGAGCAGCUCCAUUCUUUCAGUGGCCUUGCUCGCUGGCUGUGGUUGGGUCUGAUUUAUGACGCUGAUGGUAAGUUGUAAGUUCUGUAAAGCCCUCUUGCUAGGAUGAAUGCCUUAACAUACAAAGAGACCAAAGCUUAUAACAUUGUCUACAGCCAUUGAUGAGGAUUUAAAAAACAAAACAAAAGAAUUAUAUUUGAUUAGAGUUCAAAUUGUCAAAUGCAGGUUGAUGAGUGAGAGUCAAGAGCACUUUGGAUAAUUUGUUCCUUAUUCAAGCUUAUUUUUAUUGUAGAAUUUAAUGACAACCUAAAGAAGAUGCAUGCUGGAUGCAGAUUUGGGGGCUCAGAAGUCACUAAUCAUGCCUGCCAUUUUUAAUCUGAUAAGAAAUACUAAAUGCCUAAUGUUCCUGGUGCGUCUGCUUUUGAGCGUUAUUUGAUUAUUGCUCAAAUAUGGCAGUAAGGGUUGCCAUACGUCCUCUUUUUCCAGGACAGGUCCUCUUUUUCAGGGGUAACAUUUCUGCAUGGGGGUGCAUGGGCUACUUUUUAUGUUGUAUAUGCAGUAGUAGACAACCAAGUGCAAAACAUAUACAUACUGUGUGAGUUUUGCAUGGUGCAGGAAAGGACCAGGCCCUUGUUUUUGUAUAUUUUGAAAGGACAUUGUAGAAUGUGCCCGCUCCCACACCCCAAGCGCCAGCCAGCAAGUGUGUCCUCUUUUUCACUCUUCAAAAUAUGGCAACCCUACAGGUAGUUUCCUUCCUCAGGCCCUUCAUUGCACAACUUCAGCCCACUCAUUUCACUUGUAACUCUGGUUCUGCAGAAGGGAGUUUCUGUGCUGCUUUCAUGUAAACAAAAAAUGUUUCUAAUGAAUUAAUGCAGUGGGAAUACUGCAGCUGUUGGGGCAAAGUGGUAUUCACCUGUUUUAUAGAUUUUAUUUUACCAUGUUUCACAGUAUCUUCAAAGAUUCCCCUGAUAAGAAGGAAUAAUUUAGAUGGAACAAACAUUGGGCUCAUCUAGACUUCCACUUGUCCCCACUGCUUUCCUCCAGGAAAAUCUGAUCUUUAGCGCUGAAUCGGAGCAAACAUCCACUGGAUUUUCCAUGGGUUGACACUUGCUUUGAUUCAACACUAAAGAGCAGAUUUUCUGAGGAAAUACCUUUAUGAAAAUUCCCUCCACCCAAUACAUUUUUUUCACCUGAAGGUAGAUUUUAAAAUGCUGAUUUAUUUUAUUUUUCCCUCUUGGCAUUCAAUCAAUCAAUCUUUAUUACGGUCCAUUGUUAACGGUUCUAAUAAAACUAUUACAAUGUUAACAUAAAACAAGUAAGAGUUAACAUGGAAUAGUAACAGAAACCAGAUACCUCAGGUUAGGUAUAGUGAUAAAAGUGUAGAAUUGUGUAUUUCACCAUCUGUAGAGAGAAAAUCCGUAUGUUAGCAUUAAUAAGGUAAAGGUAAAGGUAACCCUGCCCGUUCGGGCCAGUCUUGCCAGACUCUAGGGUUGUGCGCUCAUCUCACUCUAUAGGCACUCCCGGGUCACGUGGCCAGCGUGACAAGCUGCAUCUGGCCAGCCAGCGCAGCACACGGAACGCCGUUUACCUUCCCGCUGGUAAGCGGUCCCUAAUUAUCUACUUGCACCCGGAGGUGCUUUCGAACUGCUAGGUUGGCAGGCGCUGGGAGCGCACCCCACCGCGGGGAUUCGAACCGCUGACCAUGCGAUCGGCAAGUCCUAGGCGCGGAGGUUUUACCCUCAGCGCCACCCGCUGUUUAAUGUAUUAAUGUUAGCAUUAAUACUGUUGCCCAAUUCCAGCGAGAACAUUUUUCUUUAAUAGAAAAAGUUUUCCAUACUGGAUAUCUCUGCCAGCAAAGGUGUUAUAGGAAGAUGAACUACUAUAUCCCAAUAGUUGGUGCAUUCACAGUGCACCAUUUAAAGGGAUAACUCAUGUUUGUUAUGAAUGCUUAUGUGAGUAUUUAGAUGCAUUGGGGUUUGUGGGUGUAUUAAUAUAGUUUUUCUGGAUUUAAUUUUGAUUAUAAGAAACAAUUCUAAAGUGGGAAAACAUUUUUUUAAAAAAUUGUUGAUACCGUCAACAAACCAGGCCACAUCCAAAUAGCAUAUGCAAAAGGUAAAGGGACCCCUGACCAUAUGUAAAAGGUGUCUCCUUUUAUUUCUAAGCCAAGUGUUGGUUAUUACUGACCUUCGAGUAAUGUUAACAUUAGCCAUUGUGGGAUAAUUUCAACACACUCCUCUCUUUUAAAUAAAAUCUGUAGCACUCAUUAUGGAAACUUCUUUUGUUUAAUUUCUGCAGAUGGUAAUCUGAAGUGGGAUGACAACACAUACCUCUCAUACAAUAACUGGAGACUGGGGAGACCUUAUGUAAAGAAUAAUAAUUUUGUUGCUGGUAUUGGUCUUGAUGGUGUCUGGGAUAUGUACAAUUACAGUGGCAACUGGUUACCUCUGCAAUUUAGCCUACACAGCAUCCUUGUAUGUAAAAUAGAAAUGGGUAAGCAAUGUCUGCAAUUUGGAUUGAAUUUCUAAAUGCCUAUGGUAUUAUUAUUGAUUUCUUUUACUUAUGCCUAAAACUAAAAAAAACUAAACUUCUAUCCUUGUUGUAAUAUUGAAAUAGGACCCAAAGAAUACAAACCACCACUGCCUGAGAAACUACCCCAUGGAAAUAACACGUACUGGAUCCUUCAAAAACAGCUCAGCUGGUAUGAUGCAUGGAGAGAAUGCAAGCGAAAUGGCAGCGAUUUAGCCAGCGUUCACAGCGAAUCGCAGCAAGUGUUUCUGGAAAAUAUUGUAAAAAGAGAUGGAUAUCCACUUUGGAUUGGUUUAUCCAAUCAUAACGUGAGUUUGAACUGUUUCAUGUGCUUUUGCAACCAUAUCCCCGUGCUGUUAUCUUUAAAGGUUUUGAGCCUGCUUUUAGUUUCUGUUAGCAAUAUUUUAACUUGUCUCAUACAUUAAACACAUUAUAGGGACGUGGGUGGUGCUGUGGUCCAAUAAUAAUUGCCUGUUUAUCCCAGUGUUUGCUAAAACAAAAAGUGACAUCUGCACUUGCUCAACUGGAAUCUAAUUGCUCUCUUUCUAGGAAAGCGAUUCUGAUUUUGAGUGGUCUGAUGGAAGCACAUUUGACUACAAGCCCUGGGAAUAUGAGCAUUCACAUUCUCCUGGGAAUUGUUUCUUACUGGACACUAAAGGGUUUUGGAAUCGCUUGGAUUGCUCGCGUGGCGCUGAUGGUGCUAUUUGCUACUACCCUUCAAACAGUAAGUCUGCAUUCAUGUGUCCAGUGUGGUGCUAAGAUCAAAGAGAACGAUGAGGGCAGAUCCCACCCCAACCCCUGGCCCUAUACUUAAAAGCAUUUCCUUAAAAGCAAGUCCUACUGGUAACAUGCUGAGGAUUGUUGGCCAAACAAUAUAAAAAUAGCCGGGCUGAAUCAGGCCAGUGGCUCACAUGCUCACAGUGGCCAACCAGAUGCCUAUGGGAAACAUCGAAGCAGGAUCUGAGUGCAACAGCAUUCUCCCAGAAACUGGCAUUCAGAGGUAGACUCCGGAAUUCCAUCUCAGGCAUCAGAGGGAAAGGUCUGUAUUCCCUGGGAUGCCCUCCGAUGGAUCAUAGUCCUGUACCUUUACAGUAAAUUAAAUUGCUCCAACACAGCAGCAGAUAUAUAUGUGUGUGUGCCAACAGUCAGUUUGUGUUUAUGUGGUAAUGGCUUAUCGAGGCUCCAUUAAACCACCUGAAUGGAUGAUAGGAGUGCCUCAAGAUGUUUGGAUGAUGAUUAUGAUGAUGUUAUGUAUAUUUUCACAGAAGUACAGUCAAAGCAAGCAGAAAACCCCACAUACUGCCCAAAAACUACUGGUAGUGCUUCACAGUGGAUACAAUAUAAACAGCAUUGCUAUGCAUUUGAUUUGGCAUUUUACAAUUUCUCCGUAUACAAUUGGAAAGAAGCUAAAGAAGUCUGCAAGAAGCUUGGUAUGUCCAAAUUAUGCAUCAUGCUAUGUCUGAAAAAAGAGACAAUAAUAUAAUUAAGAAUAUUUUGGAUAGAGAGUUGAUUUUUUUGUUGUUAUUACUUUAAAUGUUGCCUUAAAUUAUUUCCAUAAAUGUUAAUAAAGAGAACUUUCAAGAAGUUAUUUUCACUUUUGACCACUAACAUUAUCCACUUAGAUCCUUCUGCAACGCUUUUGACUAUAGAAAAUGAGGAAGAAAAUAAGUUUGUGAGCACACACUUACGAGAACAUUAUUUCGUAACUGGAAGAGUAUGGCUUGGAAUGCAAGAAAAUGGUAAGCAGUGAAUAACUUGUGACUUAUAACUGUUAAGGCUGGAAUCCUAACCGUGCCUGUUCAGAAGUAAGCUCCGUUGAAUUCAGUGGGACUUGCUCCUAGGGAGUGGGAUUAGGUUUGCAACCUAAUACAGUGGUACCUCAGGUUAAGAACUUAAUUCGUUCUGGAGGUCUGUUCUUGACCUGAAACUGUUCUUAACCUGAGGUACCACUUUAGCUAAUGGGGCCUCCUGCUGCUGCCGCGCGAUUUCUGUUUUCAUCCUGAAGCAAAGUUUUUAACCCAAGGUACUAUUUCUGGGUUAGCGGAGUCUGUAAACUGAUGCGUCUGUAACCUGAAGUGCCUGUAACCCGAGGUACCACUGUACUGUACAAGGCAUAAUAAGCAAGGCAAGUGAAGUCAGGCAUCUGUUAGUCCUUCAAGGAGAGUUAGCUGCAUUCCGUAUUUCCAUUGAUUUUAGCGAAACUGACGUUUUAUUUGGAUUAUGCUCCUGAAAUUUACUGUGCACUACAAGUGCAUUAUCAAAAUUUUAAUGAAUAGAAAUCAAAUAAAGAACAUGCAUUGCAACUUGGCAUAUUUUCCAUGCUGUAAAUAAAAGCACAGAGAAAGAGAAUUAGCCAGGCUAGAGGGCAUUAGCCAAGGAUGUAUGUACCUGGUUAUUUCAAAUCAUUUCAUCCAUGCCUAGCUCUGCAAUUUGCGGCCAUAUGCAGGCAUAGAGAGAUUGUUCAAUUUACCAGCUUUUCUUCUGGCCUAAUGGUUUUCUAUCUAUUCCUCUAUACCUACCAUAGACCUUAUUUCCUAGGCUUCCCUGCUUCUCAGUUCUCUGCAUCCUUCUGCCAGCACUAAAGCUUUUAGAAGCUGAAUAGACUCUUGACUAUUGGUGCUUAGUAGACUUUUCUGGCUCUGAACAUUAUUGCUGCUUGUACACACUGUAAUAAUUGCAGCACAUUUUUGCUGUUAAGGAAUAACUUUUUGUGGGGGUUUUACAGCUGAAUCCAUGAAGUGGCUUGAUGGCUCAGAAAUUAAAUAUGUCAACUGGGAAAAGGGAAAAGAAAAAGCCAAUGGUAAAUGUAGCGUUGUGUUUUCAACAAAUGGUACAUGGUCCAAAACUGACUGCAGAAAUCUCCAAAGCAGAGUUGUUUGCAAAGCUCCUCAAGGUAUGUAUGAUUUUGAUUUUAAAAUAAUGUAGCUUUUUAAACUGGCCUGUGAUUGUGUCAGCAGGGGGGUCCAGUCUCUCAUCAGGAGCAACUGUAUGUGAUGUUGCUAUAUCAGUAAGAUGCAGAUGAUGAUCAUCAUCAUGACACUAGUAAUACUAUAGGUAAUACCACACAUAAUAAAUACAGAGAUCUAUGGAGGAGGAGAAAACCCAUGCCCCCACAUCACAGGGAGUCCCCGGCCGCGUCACGGCCCCUGGCUGACCAAUCCAGUCAUCCAGGAGGGCAUGGCUAGGGCAAUUUAAAUGGCCCCAGGGCCGGGGAAGCUCUCUCUUCCUCCUCCUGCAUCGCCCAUUUACCCAAAUCCUGGUGCCUGUGUGAUUUAUUCUCAAGAACGGGGGAGGGCUCGGGGCCUUGACGUGCAAAGAAUUUGCAUUUAGAUUAGCUUAGAUUUAGUUCUAGCAUUGCUUCGCUAGGGCAUUCCAUAGCAAAUACUACAAAAACCUUCCUUUCCUGCAAACGUGUAGGGGCUCCCUAUGCUUCUGCAAACAUGGACAGAGGUAAUAGAGAAUGCCCACAUUUCCUCAAUGCAAAGAGCACGUCAAAUUAAUAAAGGGCUUUUCUUGCUGAAAAUGAGAGGAGCAAGGGCAGGGAAAUGCUUUGCAUGCUAGCUGGCAUGAAGUAGCCUCGCACAACUCCUGUAUAAUAUAUAUGAUUUUCAGCCAAGUUGUUUCUGAAUUAAUAGUUACGGAUGCAUGACGUUGGGGUGUUUUUUUCCCUUACAGUCUCUAAUCAUGUAGGAGGGGCAAUAGCUGUCGCUAUUCUAAUUAUUGUCGCACUUGUUGCUGGAUUGAUAUGCUUCCUGUAUAAGAAGAAACGACUGAAUUUGGGUGGAUUCUCUUCGGUACGCUAUGAACGGGGGUUGUACGAAGAUGAAACGGACACUAUGUUUUCCAGAGAUGGUGACUGAGGAACAGUUUGUGCUGGAUUGGGCUGUUUAGGCAUAAUUUUAUAGGUUUUGGUUAGGCAAACCUAUACCAAAUGUAUUCAGUAGCAGGUAAAUGCUGACCUCUGGGUUCAGUAUCGUAUUUUUUGUUCAGGGUGUGACAGCAACCUUUCCCUCCACAUCUGAAAGGAGGAGGGAAAGUCAACUGUGUUUCACCAACUGAUUUAAACUCCAAUCAGACUUUGCACUUUCCAUGGUCUUUAAGAUUUGCACAUGCAUUGAGAUAUGACCCUGAAACUGAUUUUUGGACAUGCUUUGAUUUUUGGACAUGCUCUCCUAUAUGAAGUAUGAUUGAUGCCUAGAGAAUCUUUUGGAAUCGACUCACUGGACGCAAAAUACAUAAUGUAAUAACUUGUAUCAACCAUACUCUUUUACAGUGGUACCUCAGGUUACAUAUGCUUCAGGUUACAGACUCCGCUAACCCAGAAAUAGUGCUUCAGGUUAAGAACUUUGCUUCAGGAUGAGAACAGAAAUCGGGCUCAGGUGGCGAGGCGGCAGCAGGAGGCCCCAUUAGCUAAAGUGGUGCUUCAGGUUAAGAACAGUUUCAGGUUAAGAACAGACCUCCAGAGCAAAUUAAAUACUUAACCCGAGGUACCACUGUACUUAAAACCUAUUGGGGUACAGAAGGGUUGUUUUAAAGAAAGAAAGAAACCUGAAAUGUUUUUAAUACAAACUUGAAAUGUUGACCUUUUUCAAUAAAAGUUCCAAAGAUCCCUCCCAUCUUUGGUUCAGUUCUUUAGUUAGCUUUUUAGUUACAACAGUUAAAAGAAUAACAACAAUUUGUCAGCCUGCAUUUUGAAAACAUUUUUAACUUUAAUAAGCCAUACCGUCCCCACACAUACAAAUGUAAGAAGCCAAAUGGAAACCAAGGGCUAAAUGAAAGAUUCACAUCCCUAGUAUGUACUAACUAGUCUAUAAAGAGUUGAACCUGGAGAAAGAUUGUGGUUCCUGUUGAUAAUGUUUGACAUUUGUCUUUAUUACCUCUGCCAUAUUUUGCUACUUCUAAAGGGGUACUCAUUUUGUUCUGUACUAAUACAGAAAACAUAUUGAGCUGUAUGUAUUGUUAGCCCUACUUAGGUCCGUUAAUUUCUGUGGGUGUCCUCUAAGUUGGUCUUCGUCGAAUGCAACCCAUUGAUUAGCAUCUAAAAGACACGCCAAAGAGUCUUUUUCUUGGUUCUAUGUUAUGACAUGGUAGGAACACCUGGCUUCAUGUGAUAAGCUUCUGCACACAACCGGCUCACCAUGUGGUGACAGUUGUCACAUAGAGCAAAUCAAAGUGGCCUCAACACAGCAGCCAACCCCUAACUGAGCUUUAGAAGAAGAGGGGUAAUUAUAAGACACAUAUCAUUUAAUAUGUAGCAUAAUAUUUGUCUCUUAGCCAAAAUAAAGGAACAGCUUCUAUUAGUAUAACUCCAUUAAUUUAAUAAAAAUGUACCAUGGAAAUAUUUAACUAAUUGUUCAGAUAAUACUACUGACUUAACGAAUGCUGUCAAAGAUAAUACUAAAAAAUAAUUGGCUUACUACUCAAUUUAUUUUUAUGCUAGGGGGGUUUUUGGCCAAAAAAGCCCCCCAAGAAUCCCACAUAGGUAGAGGAUUCCCAUUUAAUAAACGAGACAAAAGCACUCCAUAUGCAAAUAGAAAAGAGGUGCCUUAACAGAUUCAUGAAGAAAAUCUUCAUGUACGAGAGCAGGAAAUCAUUGGAUGCCUCGGGCUCUGGGCUGUUUUUCCUUGGCCCAACAUCCAUUGUUCUGCAUACUAUGCAUAGAGAUAGGAUCAUGUAGCUACUCAAUCUUGUUCUAAUUAGCAAAAUGAAAGCCACCCUAUUAGCUUUCCUUUGGAAGCGUGUGUGCGUGCAUGUGAGUCCCUUUUUUCAAGAUUGUGUAACAUCACCUAUGGAUAUAUAUAUAUAUGAGUAGGCCUUUGUCCAACUUCACAGUUAGCUCUUGUGGACUGCUACUAGUCUCUUCCUGCUAUAGAUCUCUUCAGCUGGGGCAUUUCUGCAGGAUCAUUUAAACUGUGCUACUCAUGCAUUUCUGCCCACAAGUGUCUUUUCAGUGACAGCAGUAUAAUAAUCUUAUCAGUACAUAAUAAGGGAGGGUGAUAGUGUGAUGUAUAAGGAGGGCCGCGUAUGUGGCUCUGCACACCUUUUAAAAAAACCAUUAAGCGUUUUGGAGAGGAGACAUUUAACUGUACACACACUGUCUCAGACAAUCUCCAACAAGUGCCCUCAGCAAUACAGCAGUCCCAAUAGCAAUGAAUGUGCUAGCUUGGGUAGACUGUGAUCUCCAAGAUACAAAAUGCUCCUCUUUUAAUAUCUGGAAAUUGUGAUAACACAACUGCUUCUGUUGUACAACGAACGGGCAAAAAAUUGGACAUUUGUUGCACACAAAAUGUUUGUGCAGAAAGGUCUUUAAUAUAGUGCCUAUAACAGCCCAUGAGGGACUGGUGAAUGAUAGUGAUGCAUGUGUGUGUGUGCAUGUACACACACACACACGAGAAAAAAUGCACUUUGUCUUCUUUUUUCUUUUUUAAGCAUGAGUUAGAAUAUUUAGAUAAAUAAAAUGCCCAUAACCAAGUCCUAAAUUAGUAAUGGUGAAGAAGCUUGUUCACUGUUUAAUAAAAUUUGCAUCACAACCUGUUUCUAAUGUAUGCCCUGACACACAGGUACUUGUGCCAAACAGAUGACUGGUGUAGUUAUCUUUGACAGCACAGUCACCUGCUAGGUGGCACAGAAAAGAACUAGGGGCUACAUUCAACAUACACACCACACACCAGGGAACUGAAACUGGAAAGACAAACGGGUGACCGUAUGUUAAAAGAUUUUAUAUUGCAAAGAUUGAGACGUAUGUAUCUCCCAGCGCAGGGCAUACUCCAUUAAGUACUCUUUUGCAUGUGCAGUAGUAACCAGGGUUUGGGGCAAUUUCCAGUAAAUAAGUGUGCUCAGCAUUACUGAAUUUAUGACUAUUUGCACUUGUGGGCUUCUUUAUUGAUGUGAAUCUAAAAAUGGAAAGUUUAUUUUAAAUAUAUUAUCAGGGCUAUUCAGUGAUGCAAGAUGUAGAUAAAUAUGCACAAAAGAUUCCAGUGUUUCUACAAAGUGUUUAUUUGUAUAAUAUUCUGAUAGAAAUUUUUUAAUUAUGUUUUUAAUUGUGUGUGCUGAGUUUUUUUCUGGAAUAUCUAUUCUGUGAUAUUGUGGGAAAUAUCAUGAUGUGAAUGAAUGCAAAUGCCUUAAUAUAUCUGUAUUGAGAGUUCGCAACAAAACCUUCCUGUGGGUCAUGGCCUUAGAAAUACUGUACAGUGGUGCCUCGCAAGACGAAAUUAAUCCGUUCCGCAAGAGUCUUCGUCUAGCGGUUUUUUCGUCUUGCGAAGCAAGCCCAUUGACGGAUUAGCGCUAUUAGCGCUAUCAGCUGUUUAGCGGCUAUUAAAGGCUUAAAGGCUUAGGGGAUUAGCUGCUAAAAGGCUAUUAAAGGCUAUUAAAGGCUUAGCAGAUUAGAUAAAGGGGGGGAAAAGCGAAAAAAAAAUUUCUAGACUCGCAAGGUAUUUUCGUCUUGCGAAGCAAGCCCAUAGGGGAAUUCGUCCUGCGAAGCAACUUCAAAACGGAAAACCCUUUCGUCUAGCGGUUUUUCCGUCUUGCGAGGCAUUCGUCUUGCGGGGCACCACUGUAGUAGAUUUAGUAGAAAGCUUCAAUGGUGAUUAGAUUUGUACUUGUGAGAUAAUUUAAGCUGAUUUCAGUGCUUUUCACCUGAUUACAAAUGUUUUUGUACUCUUCAGUAUUUAAAAAAAACACCCACAAACAUCAAAGUUAAUAAAGCUUUAAAAAGUAAUCUU